CGCACACGCACGCGCUGGUUCGCCGCGCGCCCAGCCGCCCAAUGAGGAGCGAGCCUUGAAGCGCGAGGACCCGGGUUGGUGGCGGCCGGCGGCCGAGGGCGCAUGCGCGCGCGCGCGGAGGUUGGGGGGUGAGACAGCGAGCAAGCGAGUGAACGGAGCGAGCGGGGGACGCCGCGGGGGCUGCUGCUGCUGCUGCUGCUACUGCUACUGAGGAGAAAUUGGGAAGAAGCGCCGCGGAGGGAGGAGGAGGAGCGGCGGCGGCGGCAGCGGUCCCACCACCAGCGACAGCCGCGAGGAGAAGCAGCAGCAGCAGGAGGCGGCGGCGGGUGUCGGGAGGGCCCGGUGGGAUGGUGCCCCCCACCGGCGCCGCGGAGGGAGGAGGCGGCGGCGGCGGCGAAAGAGGAGCAGCGGCGGCGGCAGGCACAGGCCGAGUGCGGCGGCGGCGAAGAGCGGCGGCGGCGGGAAGAAGAGGAGGCUGCAGCUGCUUCUGCUUCUUCCCCCGCUCGCGGUGCUGAGGCGAGCCGAGCGGAGGGCGGCGGCGAGAGCAACGCCCGCCGCGGAGGAGCCCCCAUCGCCUGGCAGCAGCAUGGUCCGGGAGACCAGGCACCUCUGGGUGGGCAACUUGCCGGAGAACGUCCGCGAGGAGAAGAUCAUCGAGCACUUCAAGCGGUGAGUGGAGGAGGAAGGGAGGGAGGGGCUGGUGGUGGAGUCAGAAGGACAUCCCCGAAAGGGCAGGGGGAAGAAGUGGGGGGAGAGCAGGGGGUAAAGAGAAGGCGGGUGGGGGAGGCAAAAGGAGGGGGAAAGGGGUUCCUCGCUUCAGUCCAACGUAAGAGGAAAAGGUGCGUGUAGGGAUCUUCCCGCUCCCCCACAUAAUUUCAACCAACGCGGGAGAGGAAGAGUGUAUUUUAUUUGUUACAUUUAUAUACUGCCCUUCAUCCGAAGGCCACAGGGCGGUUUACAUUACAUUUAGUUACAUCCUGCCUAGCUGAAGAUAAGCGCUCCAGGUGGGUUUACCUAGGUAGGCAGGUAGGGAGAGAGGGAGGGAGGGGUGGAUGGGUUUACCACCACGAGUCUAUAUAUAUAUAUAUAUAUAUAUAUAUAUAUAUAUAUGAUGAACACACUCCCCACCCUCGAAUUCUCUGUAUAAAUAGGGGAAGAGAGACACACUGGUGGGAAAGGAAAAACCCUUAACGUUUGAAAGGCAAGAGGCUGAGUGAGGGGAAGAGUCUAGACUAUGAGCUCAGCCCCUAGAUAAAAGUGGAAGAAGGGAAUUCCGGACUUAAGGAAGUGGGGGGGGGAAUAGGAAACUGAGGCAAGACCUAAGUUAUAACAAGGGCAGUUGCUUCUGAGAGCGCGUUGGGAGGUGAAGGCAGGGAACAGUGACUCCUCCAGAUAAUGAAGGGUUGUUGGUUUCAGGAGAGCAUAAGCAAACAAGUGGGGGUGGGGUGGGAGGAAGAGUAGGGUAGUUGAAUCUUCCAUUUCACAUCAUGCAGGGAGAGAGGUUAGCAAAAUGAGGGAAGGAGUACCAUCCCCAGGGACAUGGCAACUAUGAGGAAUCUUCAAGAUGUCAAGAGAAGAACGAGGAAGGUGACUACUCUCACCCCACAACACAUAAAGUGCCACUUCCAGGAUUGAGGGGAGAACCUUUUCCUCUUGGAGUUGUGUGAAAGCAGAAGAGAAGGUGGGAGGGGUGUGGGGGAGAGAGAGAUCAAAUACCCCUAGUUUGGGAGGGGGUGCCUGUGGAGGCAUGGAUAUAAAUCAGGAUGGGUUAGGAAGGGAAGGGAGUUUCAUGGUUGUCCAUGUGGAAGGGAAAACCUAAGAUUGGACCUGGAAUUAAGUGCCUGAUGAGAGAGCCCUUUCACAGGCCAAGCCACAGAAGGCAGGUGCGCCUGGGAAAACCUGUCUUGAGUAUUAUAGCAGCUGCUGCUUUUGCUUGCCCCUACGGAUCCGGUAGAAUUGGAAUACCUUGGAUCCAAGAGAGAAGGAAGUUCAGGGGGGCUGGGAUUAAGGAUCCCCUCCUGCACUUGGAAUCUUUGACACUCUAAAGGAAGGAACUUCAGAAAAGAAACUCCAGAGUCUGAGGAAGAAGGAUACCGCCAAGUGCCAUCAGCAUUGUGGAUUGGAUUUUUCUAAGGGCAUCCUGGAAUGGAAACAACUUUUACCUGAAGAGGCCUGCUAAUUCCUCUUUUCCAUAUUUUUGUGCCAGCACUAUCCACUGAUGGAACUGAGGGUUUUUGUAUCUUGGUUUUUUUGGCUUUUCAGUGUAUCAUAAACACAACAUGGAUAAACUAUUGCUGUUUUCAGGGGUGCACAAGUGUCAGUCUGAACUGUUUAUUUAUUGAUUGAUUUUGCUUGCUUGCCUCUUGAAGCAAUUUAUGAAUGAAAUGUUUGGGACCUGGUAAUUCAAGCACAACUUUGAGAGAGUAGAAGCUGAAAUCCUGCUUGAACCCAACUUCCUUUGGUUUCCUUUGCGAUGGAACAGUUUUCUGCCAUGGCUAAUUCUGAAGACCAGAUUGGUAUUGUUACUUUUGAUAUUUUUCUUGCUGCCUUAGGCCCAGUCAAACAAAAAUAAUAUAUCCUUGCCUCUUAUUCAUCUAGCAACAGGUCAUAUUUGGCUUAAUUAUUAACUUAAUAGCGCCAGCGUGUGUGUGUAUGAGAGAGAGAGAGAGAGAUUUGUAAGCCUUCUUAGUAGUGGAUGGAUCCUAGGUGAUGUAUGAUUGCAGGAGUAAGCACAAUGUUCGCAACUCACUUCUGCUGUUACAGUGGAAGCCUGUUAAUGGCAUUGUGGAAGGAAACUGAUAGGUAGAAUUCUAGACAAGUGUUUUGGUCAGAUAAAAUAGUUUCCAGUUUGAGACUCUGAAAGGGCUUGUAAAUUUCCUUGUAAUUUUCUUGCUAAUGUUUAGAGUAGGAAAAUUAUGGAGUGAACCUAAUGAGUCACCAUGGGAAAAAUAGACUUGGUCGCUACCUCAUGGGGAACAAGCUUGGCUGGUGAAGCGGGGGGAGAAAGGAGAGUAGAACUCUGUCCUGCUUUAUUAAAGGGAAGCUCUCUAGUUACUUGGCCUUCGCUUGUUCAUCAGUGUUUUACGUAUAUUCCGAAUUUGUCAGAGUUAACUCAUUUUGCAACUUUUAAAGCAGAUCAUUUAUCUCCCUCCUCCCCAGUAUUGCAGUUUUGGGUGUGGGGAGGAAGACCAGUGGUGUUACGUCCGAUAAACUGGUAUUUGUUCUUUCUUCAGUCAUUAAUUUUUCAUUUGUUUUUGUGUUGGGGGUGAGGGAGGGGAAAGGUUUUAACAGUGCUCCUCUAUGCAAAAUGCAACAUGCAUGGGAACAAUGGUUCCUUUUAUUUCUGCUUGGUUUCCCUAUGCGUUGCUUGUUUCUUAGUGUUGGUUUCUGUGGCUGAGAGAGGAAGAGACACAUCCAGGCAAACUGUGUUGCAGGAUUUGCUGUGACCAGCAGCAUGUAGCUUGACUUGUUCUUUAGCAGCGCUGCCUGUUUCUAGAGACAUUUUCCUGCUUUCUUCCCUGUUCAUAUUCCAUAGGUUGGGAGGGAGGAAGUGUUCAGGGAGAGGACUCCCUUUCUGAAGUGGUGACUGGUGCAGUGCUUUGGCUGGUGUGAAUGCCUUUCUAAAAUGGCGGCCCAGUUUAUGUAGGGAAGAACAGAGCUGAUCUCGGGCUGCACACAGGGAGGUGGGGGAGUGCUAGGAGAGCAGCGUAAGGAGAGAAUUUCUCCAGCUCCCUUGUUACAGUUGCCUGAGCUGCGGAGCUUCCUCCAAAACAUGCAGAGGGAAAAUAUUUCUCAGAAAAGAGCAGUUGCUGCUGCAGCAUUUGUGGUCACGAGGGACAUCCCCUCCUUGCAAACGGUCUUCCCAGGUUUUGUAAAGGGCCAAAUCUGUAAGAAUAACCUUGUGCCAAGUGGCAUGAAACACAGAAUGGCAGACAAAGGAUUAAGAAAUUAAUCUGAAUGAAUUAAAAUCUAGGUAUAAGAGGGGCAUAAUCCAGCCAGUCAGAUCCUCGUAGCUGUUACAUAAAACUGAAGCAGCUGCCUUAUUUCCCAUUAAGAAAUGGUCAGUUGCCCUAUUAUUUAUUAUGCCUUACACUGGAAAUACAGAUAACCAGAGCUUAAAAUGAUAUGUACAACUAGACCUGUCUGGUUUUUUUAAAAUAAUGCUUGUUGCAGGGUAGUGAUAGACUAGAUUUUGGAGUGGUGAUUUUAAAAAAAGACAUGAUGGGUUUAUGCACCAAGAUUGCCAGAGGAUUUCUCCAGUGAGAAUUAAAUCUGACUUUGCAGUGUCGUCUUCACCCUGUUUUCACAGAGCAUUUUUAAUGCUGGACAAAGUUGCCAUGGUGCUGUUGCUUAGUGAUGGUUCAGAAAAAUGGAAGGAUCUGAAUUAAGUGGCUCUUUCAUUUUUCUGAAUGUGCCAUCAGUUUAAAUAUAGGUCUUGAAAUUUAGUGUGUGUAUGUGCUUAGAUUUCAGAAUCAGAUUUAUUUGGCUGUUGCAUUUGGAAUUGGGGGUGGGUGGGAGCUGGUAAAUACUAAGGUGCACAUUCCAGAAUUGAUAUGGCCAAAUAUGCAAAAGUGUUUUCCAUCUGCUUCUAGCUACUUGGAUUACUGAAUCCUUUCACUAUCAGAUAUCUGUUGAAUUGAGUUUCGGUUGGCAGGAGGAGGCCAUUGUGAGUACUGUACACUGACAAUAGAGCAGCCCUUCCUUUGUAUGUCCCUGGCUUGUGUGGGGGAAGGGCAGAGCCCAGUUGCACAAUAACUGCCUGGCUGUCUUGUGCAGGUAUUGUCAACCCUUUCAGGCCCAGGACCCACUUUUAACCCAAACAUGCAACUGGGGACCCAUUUAUUAUCCUUUUACCAUAAUUUGCAUGAUGGUAGUGCUCCUUUUAUGACCCACCUUGGAUCAGGCUGUGACCCACUAGUGAGUCCUGACCUGCCAGUUGAGGAUCAGAUCAGUGUGCUGGAAGAUAGCUGUGCUUUGCAUAUAUAUUUGAAAGGCUGCUGAUAGUGGUUGCCUAUAGAAUGAAUAAGGUUUAAUUACAGGAGAGGACCUCUUUUAGUUCAGAGUGAAAAGAGCCUUUUUGGAUUUAGCUGGGCUGUGCAAAGUUCCCACCCAUCCCCCCAGUCUGAAAAUAGGACAAAGAAUAUGCAGAGUCUGAGCAAGCAGUAAUUAUCAUCCUUUAGCUGCAGAGGCAAAAAAACUACCUGCUGUACUGCCGGACAUAAAUGGCAGGCAUAGCCAAAUACUAGCCUCUGUUAGCAGCAAAAGGUAAAAAAAGGUUAGCAGCACACCAGUGUGAAAUGCAGUCAUUCUAGUUGGUACUGGUGAUACAUUCUCAUUUCAGAAGAAAACACAUUCAAGUUGUUCAUUCCAGGGUUCUAAAAAAAAUGUACUCUAAAAAAAGUACAUUUAGGAAUGACUCGUUAAAGAGGAAAAAAAUUGUUUUCGAAUGGGACUCCUAACUCUAAAACCUUAUAAAGGGAAUUGAGGAGAGAGGCUUGGAAGUCUCAAGUAAACUUCCUUUUCCAUAAUGCCUUUAUUAGGACCAAGCAAAAUGUCAUAAAGUUGUAAGCUUCUGAAUUCUGUAAAAUGAAUUUGGAUACAUACCAUUUUUAUUAGUUUGUGUAAAUUUGUGUUUUUGUAUAUUUGGGGGCUGUUACUAUAAUAUCCGAAUAAUGUUUUGCCUGUAAUUUUGACAGUUCUUGUGAUCCUUUUUUUUUUUUUUUUUUUGGAAAACUGCCCUGAGGUUUUGUUUGUGUCAAAGAUACUAUUUUAUUCUUCUUAUACAUACAGUGCCCUUUAUGUACACAGCACUUUACAGAGUUUUAGAAGGAAAAAACAGGUCUAUUGCCCCAAAGAACGUACAGUCUAAAACAUGACUGCUGGUAAGGGGGCUAUGUGAUAGGUAUGGUGGAGGUGAUAUGUAAUUCUGGAAAUACAGAUUUUUUUCUUUUUUUUAAGUCUCUUUAAGGUGGUGCAUACAGAUUAUACGUCGUAUUUAAAACGGCAUCUGAAACUGCUAAGGUACCCCUUCCUUUCAUGGUUUCUGUUCAGGGCCUGAGGAGUUGAUUAGUUGCAACUGAAAGUGUUUCGCUAGUGUAAAUGCAUCCAAAUCAUUUCAGUCAUUGACGUACUGAAGCACUUUCCCACUGCUGAAACAGAAGCAUGGCAGCCUGCAAAGAGAAGGAGGCUAAAUAUAGUAACAUUUUUCCUCUGCACAAAUGCCAAAUGUCCACGUUUCUCCAUGAUUAACUUGAGGAGAAAAAUAAGAACCUUUGCUCUCAACUACUUCUGUUUUAAGUACAUAAGAUAAUGUGUGUGUUUAGUCCAUUAAUAAAAUGGUGACUGUUAAAGAUGGGCGUCACUAACAUAAUGAGUGCUUCUCAAGAGCUUGUGCUGCUUCAUGUUCACAAGAUGCAUGAAAAGUGACAUUCGAGGUUUCCCAUUUCAUUUUACCCUUUUUAGGCCCUGAGUCUUAUUUUGGGAGAAAAACACCAGUUUGUUAUCCUUUAAGACCUGUUUUUCCUUAAGGCCUUUUCCUGUGCAUUCUUUAUUUUUGGUGACUUCAAGUCGCAUACUGCUCCCUCUUCCUUUCUACCAAUGUGGUGCCCUCCAGUUGCUGUUGGACCACAGCUCCCAUCAUCCAUGACGUGCUGGCAGAGGUGGGGGCGAGGGGGCUGAUGGGAGUUGGAGUCCACAACAUUUGGAGGGCACCAUGUUAUCUACCUUUCCACUAAUGCACAUAAGCAGCGCAAGCUGCGUGCCUUCUGGCAUUUUCAUCCCCCACAGACAGGAGUAUGUACAGCUGGAUGCUAGCUGUCUCGUCUCUCUGUUCACUGUUCUGCCUCUGCAUGACUAAUGAAAGCCUAAACACGCUUCCAAGGCUAUACGGAUUGAAAAGACUGGAUCUGGAUCUUGUACAUGGCUCCCUAAGUAAACUACCACCUUCAUUUAAAUUUUGCAGCUGCGUGGUGUUGCGUACCCUGUUUUGCAAGUGACUUGACAAAAGGAGGAUUUGGUGCAGAGAGGGAAUGAGUCAUUGGGAAGGAUGUAGCAGAGAAAGUAGGCUUUCCUUCUGAAGACGGACAGAGAUCCCCAUGAGAAUAACUGCAAUUGAUACUGGCAAAGUUUGGUUUGCUGCCUUAAUGCUAUUGUGUUUUGAAUUCUACCCACACCCUCAUUGUUAUCUUUUGGAGGAAGAGGAGCAGAGUGCUCCAGGUUCUAGGUAGCUGUGGGAUCACUGCUAUGCUAUGGCUGACAGAACUGUUCUGCUCUCUGCCACUUCAUGAUGUGUAGGAUUCCUCAGAUCUACAUGCUUGUUAAACAGCUUGAGGCUGCUGGUGCGUUUCCCCAGAGAAAUCCUCGGAUGCUUCCUUCCUGCCAGCCCACUGGACAUGAAAUGAGUGUUUGAACAGGAGGGGCAGCCUCACAUCGUCUGAUUCAGCCGUGGAUUUUUGGAUAGCCUUCAGCAAGUCUCAUGCCCAUAAAGUGGGGGCAGCCUUGAAAUUUCCUUUGGGGAGCGGUUCUUUGCAUUCUAUGACAGUGUUCUAUAAAUAACAUUUCAAAACACAUAAAAGCCACAAAGCAGCCAAACCUCUAGAAAGUUCGUGUCAAUGGGUGAAACUUCUUGGGCUGUAUUUUUCUUAAACUUCCCACAUAGCUGCUUUGUUUCUUGUUCUAGAAGAGCCUGCUUCUAAAUAGUCAUGAUACCAUAAAAGUGAUACCAUGUCUGACAUUCCGCAAUGUGAUCUGCACCCUGUUUUGCAAGUGGCUUGGCUAUUUGAGAAAGGUACGCACUGAAGCACAUAACCUUCCCAAAGUCAGCCUUGAAUUCUGAUCCCAAAACUGAUUACGCAGACGCAAGCCCCGCUGCAUUAAAUGGGACUUGAUUCCUUGUAAUUGUGCUAGGAUUUCAGCCUUUUGUAUUCUACAAAUUUCUAAUUAACCCAAGUGAGCUCCAGGAAUCUUAGCUGACUUUUGUGAAACUGGACAUGUCUGAUAAGGAGGUAAUUAAAUGAGCUGAGAGAGAAGGCAAUCAUUAUAAUCUCUAGCUGUAAACUAUCUCCUUGUCUGCCAGAUGUAAAACUUCUAGGAAGGCUGAAAUUCUUCCAGGGGCAAGAAAUAUGAUGCUGAGUUCAUAAUAUCUCUGUUGCGGUUGGUUGUAUGCAGUAAAGCUUUAGACAAAGGUCACUUGUGUUGCAAGAUGGGCUCAUGGGUUCCUUGUUGCAAAGCCUGAAGUCUUUGAACUACAGAAGUAAAUGUUCUUAUUCCGCAAACAUUUUUGUGCUUUUGGCGAGGGAGGGGAGUGGUGGUCAUACUCUCACUCAGUGUGACUAAACUUGACGAAACUAAGUUGACUGCUAAUUACAUGCAUUAAUGAUCUGUUGGCUUCAUUCUUACAAAUGAAUAGAUAAAGAAAGGGUUGUGUGUCUGUUUACUUGAGAUACUGAAGGGCAGUAGUGUAGGCUAGUCAUUACUAAUGGCAUAUGUGCAUGUAUGUCCCACUGUGGCCUCUAGUUAAGCUAGUGUUGCAUCAUGUUUUGGUGCAUCAAACUGUAUCCUGAAACUGGAAGCAUGACUAGUACUUGUAGACGGUCUUACUUAGAUCCCUGAUGGAUAGUGUGUAUGAGAGAUAAUACGCCUGCCUAGCAUGGAGAGGAACCCCUCAGGUUGCAUACUUCCUUGGUUAACCUUGGGGGGGGGGAAAUGCCAACAGUGGGCAUGGCAAAGACAAAAGUAGGUAGAGAUACUGAGCACAGACAUGCAACAUACACAUUCACUCUCCCUGCUUAACAGUUAGGCUUGGAAAAAGCAUUUGAGCCUUUAUGGGAGCCCAAUUAUGUGAUCUUCCUGGAGAUUACAGCUGGAAGGCUUGACCUUUCUUUUAGCUGCAUUCUCCAUGAAGAUUACCCAGUUCUCCAUCCCUCCCCCCAGAAGAAACCCCCAACAACUACUCUUGGAAAAAACAUUCUGUUUGAGCCACUAGACAGAUUUUUUCCAAGCUUAAUUGUGGUGAGGGUGAAAAGGGGACACGGGGGCUGGAUAGGAAGGCCCCAUGGGCUGCAUCCAUACCACUGACAUACACACAUUCCCAGAGCACCUCUUGAAAGGUUACUUUAAUUUAUUUUUAAAACUAAUAUUCCACCCUUUUGUCAUAAGACUCCACGGUGAGUUGCAAUAAUAAAUGCAUAGAAUAAACAUUAAUAAAACAACACUUGUAAAAUUGAGUUGUUCUUGAGAUUAAGGCAUUCCUCCUAGUGUAUUAAAGGCUGGGUACCCUAUUUUAUUAAUGGUUGUUGGUUUAUAUUUUGCUGUAUAUUGCCUUGGCUAUAUAAGUGGUAUGGAAAACUAACAUGAUCAUAUGUUCCUUAUAAUCUGAUGCAAGGAAUUUAUUUUAUUCUCUUCCCCCACCCUACUGUGUUGUUCUUCAGUGAGCUUGGGUCCCAGUUCCAGGAGCUGUAAGCCUCUUACAGAAACACUCGCCAAGGAAAACAAGGUUGAAGGUGCAGUCCAGUCCAAACAAACCAGGGUCUGACACCUGGAAUCAGUUCAGGUGCAAAGCAUGAUGCAGAGGCAAUGCCAGGCAGCAGUCCGAGGUCAAUACCUCAGGGAGUCCAGGCAAAGUGCAGCGCAACAAGGAGGGGAGAUGAGGCUUGGAAACAAGGAACCAGUGAUAUGGGAAGUUACUUGCAACUCGGAGGCUCAAGAGGCAGACUUUGUGUACUCAGACCUCCUAGACCACACCCUAACCACAGUUACUGGUGGUGAAGGAGUUUCAGGGAUUACUUGCUCAUGAGGAUGCCCUUGACUCAUGAGGCUCGGUGGACUUUGAGUCCACAGAGUAUGCUCUGUUGUCAGUCUGGCCCAGAACUGGACCUUUUGGUGCCAGCAGAUGCAGGGAGCAGGGCUCCCGCCUUCCCCUUUGAUCCUCAACACUGAUUCUGGGGGACACUGCCUGAUCCCCAAGGGCCUCGGCUUGUGGGAAAUCUGGUUUUCCCUUCAAGUACAGCACUUAGUGUCUGGUAUUGGGUCAGGACUAGUCUUGACAUGCUGCCACCAAUCUCUUGACUUAUAUGGGUAAGUUAUUGCAAUUUGACUCCUGCAUAAUUGCUCCCAUGGUACUAGCUCCGAGUUAGAACUGUGCAGAGGCAGUGUUAGGAACUGAGAUAUGAAAUAUUAUGUUCAUUUUUCACAUGGUUUAGUUCUUCCCCUGUCCAGCCCCCUAAUAUUCUUCAGAGAGGCUCUUCUCCAGUCUUCAGAGAGUAGCUGGAAGUGGGAAGGCAGGAAAAAGGUCCUCCUUUCCUUCCACUCUGCAGUUUUAAUCUGAAAUCUUAGGCACACUACUGCACCCAGAGCUCAGAAACUGCUUGCCCUAAUGAAAUUCCCUGUCACAAAAUGCACCUUGAACAAUGGGAGUUUUGAACACUGUGCAGAGGUCAUGGGGGCCUUGCUUCUGUCAAACCACAGAUGUAGGAAGUAUGUUGCCUUAAUGGUGGCAAGCUAUGUUAUAUUUUGUAGAAAGGGAAGCUUUUUUAAAAAAGCAAAAGUGCUGAGUAUCAAAACAUUUGAAAAUUAAACCUAGUAAGUUGGUCAUGUCCAUUAAUUUCCAUGGGUCUGUUCUUAGUAGGACUAAUGUUCGAUACAACCAUAUAAGGUUGCAAGUUGAUUCACUUGUGAAACAUUUUCCAAAGCAACAGAAGCUGUUCUGACAUGUGUUGUGGUACCCUGAGACUUUCAUUGUGGUCUGUGGACAGCAGCCUUGAGCAAGUGCAGCCCCACAAAUGGUAACGGUCUUUGGUUUCGCCAUCGGUCUGAAGAAACACAUUUUUUUAAGGAAAGCAAAAGAGAAUCUCUAAAACCAGUAGGUGGGGUGAUCUCCCUUUUGGCAAACUUUCCGCAUGUUAGGGAAUUCUUUUCACUUUGGGAACAGGACAUCUCUGAUGAGGCUGUGCCAAGAUGGCCUUUAGGACACUUGAGUGACAUCAACCUGACUGUGAGCUACAUUCAGGUAGAUAUGGUUUGUGUGACAGCUGGGCUGUCUUUGGCUGAUGCAUUUGAUGAUUCCUGCUCCUCCCUCUUGAUUUUCAGAACACCUCUUUUCUGUUUGUGUAAGUCUCCUUAGCCUCAUGUUACAAUGGGAAAACACAGGACUCUGACCUAUUUGUGCCUGCUGCAAGAGCAAUUGGAGGACAUAACAUAGUCCUUAUUGUUCAGGGGCCCAGCCUUUAUUUCUAAAACUUACAACUUCUUUGAAGACUCAGGUAGAACUCUGUGUGCCCACAUGUGCUUCUCCCUAUACCAGUGCAAGUCUUAUGCAGUCCCAACUGGUUCCAUGACAUGUUCAGAAACGAACUCUCGUUCUCCGUGGCAGGAAGUCUUGUGUCAAAAUGAUUGCUAGGCUCAUGCCUUGCCUUUAGUCUUAUAGUGCUUGAACUGCACACCUAUGACCUGGGAGAGGUGGGUUUGAAUCUCCACCCAGCCAUAAAGCUCACUGAGUGACCAUGGGCCACUCACCAUCUCUUAGCCUGACCUGCCUCAGAGGUUUGCUGUGAGAAUGAAGUAGAGAGGAGGAGAAACAUGAGAUCACUGGAAGAUAAAUGUGCUGUAUAAACCAACCAACCAAUAUUUUCCCCACCCUGAAUUGAUGCAUUGGCAAACUAAUCAAAAAUCUCAGUCUUGCAUACUUGCACCUUCACUGUCUCCCCUCCCCUUAAAAAAAAAUGCCUGUGCUCUUUACCUUCAUGGGAGGUGUGGUGUGUGUGUGUUUUAAUUCCAAACUGGUGCACUGAUGAUCCUUGAGGGUGGGUGGGUUGUAUACUGCAUUUGAAAAUAGCUGUCAUCUGCCAUUCUUUCGAGGAUAGACUGGAAUGAUGCACAGUCUGAAAUUCUGUCAGCAGCUUGAAAACUGGCACUGGCCACCCAGAUCUGUGGAUGCCAGGAAGAGCUGCUGUGUGCUCCUUAUGUGUCUGUGGUGAAAGCCAAAAUGCACUGGCAGCUUAGAGCUGCAACCAGUUCAAUUUAAUGCCACCGAAGACUUCUUUGGAACUGAGCUUUCUUGUUUUUUCAAAGGCAGACCACCUCCAGCUAGUUAUCCCUUGAUUUGAGGGAAAAUGUGCAGUGUUUAAUCUGGCUAGAGGGGGAGAGCUAUAUGGAAUGGCCUUUUUUUUUUUUAUGCAGCACCUCCCUUUUAGGUUAACCAAAAAUGCCCUGGAUGUUGAGGGCAUUGAACUUAAGCAUAGUUUUUGAAAGAGGGAUGCACACUGCCCCGGAGAACAGUUCUGAGGAUGACCAAGUGUCAUUUCCUUUACAGUAAUGCUUUUUUGCUAUAUGUUCAGCAUUUAUCGCAGUGUGGUCAGUGUGAUAAAACUAGCCGCUUGCUAAACAUGCCUGUGACAACAACUGCUUAGCAACUAACUAACAUGAAACAAGUGUUUGAUGUUUUGAUGGAACUUAUAGUGAAGAUGUAGGUACUGUUAUUCUUUGCCUGGAAGACCUUCAGCAUGCCUAACUCCUCUGGAUUUAUCAUCUUAAUGGUGUAAACUUUAUGUGAUAUAGCAUUUUCUUUUGUGAGCUAGGGCAGAUCCACACCAAACAUUUAAAACAGAUCCAACAUACAUUUAAAGCACAUGAAUUCCUCAAAAGAAUUAUGUAGUUUUCACCAUACAGAGCUACAGUUCUUUGUACCCAUAACAAACUACAGUUCCUGGUAUUCCUUGGGGAAAGCCAUAUGCUUUAAAUGUAUGGUACGGAGCUGCCCGUACUUGCCUGAAAUUAACAUAGAUAAUUACUAGGACUCCAGUAAAUAUAGAGGAAAGUGCUUGCAACUUCCUUACCUAUUUUUAUAGACAUAUACAAGCAGACUAGUGGGAAAUGGUAACAGGCAGCAUAAGAUUAUUGCCCUGCUCUGUGCAUGCCAUUAAAUCAGUGUAUCUGUAGGUGUUCCAGUACUGCAAUACCUAUAAUUUAUUUGGGCCAUGGUUUUUUUUAAAUGUGUGUGUUGCUAACUGGCUUAUGUGCCCAUGGGAUAUGUGUGUUGGGGGGGAGAUAGAGAUUUUAAUUGAAUAGAAUAUAUGCAUUCACAUUGUCAGCAGUGCUGUUGACCUCACUUGGUUGGGCUGUGUUUGCAUGAACAAAGAUGAGCAAUAUGGACACACCUAUAGUGCUUAGCAAGAGCCUAUAGUACUGUACCUGUACAUGCGUCUACGCACCCUCCUCCAAUUCCGUGAGAGAUUUGAGCAAAGCUGGCGUUUGUCUAAAGAAGAGUGACUUGUAAAAAUGUGAAUGGCAGGUUCUGGAAUCUCCCCCCCCCUCAACUGCCACGUUUAGCACACUUUCUUUUUGGUUAAAUACACAUUGCAGCAGUUGUGAAUAUGGUUUUCUCCUAAUCAGUGUUGUUAAUUAAGCCAAUUUCUGCCUUGAGCCCUUGGAAUCUGUUGCCAGCAAAUAAGCAGCAGCAGUUUAGUUCUGCUUUCAGUAGCUUGGGAGAACCUAGUUUUGCAAACCACAAGCUCUCUUUCACAGCUAUGCUUUAAAAAGGACUAAAUUGACCAAUAAUGACUGUACAAAAUGCAUGUGUGAAAUCUAGAUAUUGUGUUAGUCUUUGGAAUGAGUACUAAGUUGGAUUCAGUGAUAGAAUAUUGACUUUUAAACUUCCGGUCACCAUAUCCCUGUUACCAUGAAAUGCCUAUUUUUGGAAAACAGCCCCACAUUGGCUCUUGCUCUUUCCGUUUAUAUUUUGUUAAGCUGUCCUAUUUUUUUCUGGUGGCCUUUGCAGACUUCUAUCUCCCCAGAUUUAAUGUCCUCAGUGUCAUAAUCUUUUGUAAUCAGUUUUACUAAUUAUAGUUAACAAACAAAAAUGCUAACAUGCACAUCAUUAACUUAGGUUGUUAUGGAGUGUGAUGAUGGAUUAUUGCAGACAGCUUCCUCAGGUCUCCCCAUUUCCCCAGUUCAGCUGAGGCUUGUCUCAUGGUGACACGUAGCCUAAGGAUGACAAUGAAGAAAUCUACUUAAUUAAGCCUGGAAAAAUACCACCUGCCCCAGGAUCCAUUGUGGAGGAAGAAAGACGAGAGGGGGCAGCACAGCUGCCCUGUUGGCUUCUUUGUGGUAGCCUGGUCUAAGGUGAAUGUGCUGAUCAUGUUUAAGUCCAGAAAAACUGGCUUAGCAUGGCCUUGUGGUUGGGUAAUUGACAAGGGGCCCUGAGUCCCAGUUUUGCUGUCCUGUUUUCUGUAGCCUUCAGGUUCCUUAAAGGAACAGAUCAACUGAAAGGUCUUAACUUGUUCCAGAGAACUAAGAAAAGGGCUUCAUGCCCCCAGAGGAUUCUACUUGCAGAAAGAGCUUCAUAGAAGCCACUGAAAAGCAAACCAUACAAUGAGACCAGCUUGUCUGACAUGCUGCGAGUUACUUAUUGAUUAACAUGAAUUAUGCAAGGUGGGGAAGGUUGCUAAAAAAGAGCAACAAGAGGAGCUUUGUUUUCAUGGGGAUCUUUAGAGCCAGCAUGCAGCAAAUUCCCCCUCUCCCCCCUUGCUCUGUUUUUUAUCUGUUUACUUCUUGGAAAGGCUGAGGUAAGUAAAGAGAGAUGGAGGAAGUGUUUUCACAAGGGCUCUUUUCAGCAUGGUGAAGGUCAUGAUGGCUCCUGUCCUUUUUGUGUCUCUUUCCCAACGAAGGUUACCCUCACAAAAGCUUUUCUCUGCUGUUUCUCCUUCCUUGUUGUGGCUCUUGCAAAUGCCACUGUGAAAAAUGCUCUCCCUUUCCUCCAUUGCCUGUCCUCCGGCAGCCCUUCAGAAAGCCUCUCUUCUCCUUGCCGUGCAUUGUUCUGCUGCAGUAAAUGAUCCCGUGAUGCAACAUUGCAGAUCUUUUCCCUCCCCUCCCUUCUGGAUCAGAUAGCAUGAAGCAGUGCAGCUCCCCUCCCCGCGGGAACUGCCACCACAGGAGCAGUUUGGAGAGUAGCCAAUGGGUGGGGCUGGGCUGGAUCACUAGGCAGAUUAAUCUUCACGGUGGGUGACUAAAAGGUAUGUGCGAUUAAAAAGGCGCAGGCGAUGCUAGGGCACAGAGCGUUGAAAGCCUUCCUGCUCGCACAGCUGCUUUGUCUUGAGGGUUGUGUGUAUGUUGGUGAGGAUGUGUAACUUUUACUCUCUCCUCCUUGAAAAGCAGCUGCCACACGCAUCCCAGCGGCUUGUUGCAUGAGAAGACAUGCUGUGCCAAAUAGUUACACAGCCCUGAGAUUUAGGUGUGGGUGAACAAGUAUUGUGCAAUCUGUGUUAGGGCUGAAAAAAUUAGGGCAAUCUCUGUGGUAGUAAUCUGGCAAUAGUGUCUCCAGCUGUGCCUGGUUUUUAAAACUGUAGAUGGAGAAAUUGGACUGCAUAGGUUUCCUUCCUCCCACAUAUAUUGUAAAUUUGGCCUGUGCCUCUGAUUAUAGGAAAGUGCCUUAAACCAGCGCAGACCAUUUCUCCAUCUUGCCUAGUAUUAGGCUCUCUAACUGGCUGUGGCCCUUUGGGCUCUUGGAUUCAGAGGCCUUUCCCGUCAUCUGCUCCUGAAAUCUCCAGGCAUUGAGCCUGGGACUUGCUACAUGCAAAGCAUGUGUUCUGCUACGGAGCUGUGGUCCUCCCCCCCUCCCUUUGAUUGGCUGUGCUGAUUUAGAAUGAGCUUCGUGUAGCUAGCAGAGAUUUCAAGGCUGGGAGUCCCACAUCACCCCAUCACUUAUUUUUGAAAACACUUAAGAGUCAUCUGAACAGAACGUGCUCUACUACCCCCUGCACUGUACGAGGUUUCUACACCCCAUGAGUCUUAGACCAGCUAGCAUUGGAGAAAGUGAAGCAAGUAAUAACCCUCAAAUUCUGUGGCAGGCUUCUGCUUCUACUGAAGAGCAUUAGUGGCCCCCUUGUUCCCUGUGGCAGAGAUGUAGGGCCUUUCCUGGCAAUACUCAGCAGGUUUCCCUUCCUGUGGAACUUCUUGGGUGGUGCCAAUUCUCACACAAGGAUGAAUCUGUGGAUUUCGCUGGUGUCUAUGAGCCCUGAGAAAGAAUGAUGCUGAGGGAAUUGUGCUGCUGACAUAUUGUUGUCAGUGGUCCCUGUGUCUUUCCUUUUGUUAAAGCAAUCUGAUCUUGUUUUUGCCAUGUGGCUAGUCUAUGUAACUGUGUUUCUGGGUUUUUGACUCUUGUUCUUUCGCUGCUUGGGCCUAAAACUUCUAAUUCAGACUCUUGAAAAUGGAGUCAGGUGUGUCAAAAUUGGUUCUUUUCCUCAGCUAUAAUUAAAGGGUAAUUAAAGAUACACGAAGGUUGUCUGACAACCUUGGUAGUUCUUGCACUUUCUCUAGUGAGAUAGCACUGUUUUGUCAUCUUUCUCCAGGUUAGUUUAUUUUCUGUUUUAAAAAGGAGCAUUUAUAGAACAUCUGUGGAACUGUAAUGCUUACAGAAUAACUUAUUUUGUUCAAAGGAGCUGGGAGUUCAGUUAAAGGGUCUUUACAGUGGAUUUAUUAAAACUGGAUUAUUUCAGAACUUCCAUCUUGUCUAUCCAGUUUGGGAACAUUAAAAAUAUUUCCAGGGGCUGUAUCAAAUUAGUCAUACUCAAAGCAGACAUGUCUGUUGAUUUCAAUAGGACUAUCUUGUGUAUUGGCUUCAAACCCACAUUUGUAUAUUAGUGGUCAAACAGAUUCCCUGCUCACUGGGGUUGCAGAAAACACAGAAAUUUCCUUGGUUGACUGGUGUGUGCAAACUGUGGUGCUGAUAUCCAGGGAUAUGAAAUGUUUUAUCUGGUUUUUCCUAGGAAUUCCCAAAUAUUCUUCCAAACCUGGCUGAAGCUGCGAUUUACAGCAUUGUUUAGAUAGUAAGCCCAUGGGCAGGACUUGGUUAUUAGUUCUAUUUUUAAAAAUUUUAUAGCAGUGCCUUGCAAAUAAUAAAUAUUAUUACUAAACUGUGAGCAAGUUGGAAAUACACACAUGCAAUAAAUCCUUUGAUCUGGUUACUUUUAAGGCUGAUUGAACUGAAGCAUAUUGGAGCUGUGGCAAACCUUUAUGUAAAAGACUUUUUCUUUCAGUAUAAAGCAUAAUUUUAUAAAAAUAUAUUUAGGGGUAUUCAAAACUGAAUAUUGUAUCACAGCUUUGUUUGUUUGUUUGUUUACUUACUUACUUACUUACUUAUAAAUGCGAUGGGAAGGAUAGGAGCAGCUGAGUAAAAAAGUAGUUUGUUUGAAACUUUGUUUCUAACAGACUAAAGCCAUGAUGUGAAGCACAGUUACUGCAAUGAGUUUAACAGGAAUAAAUUCAAAAUAAAUAUGCAAGUCAAACUUUUAUUGUGUGAGCCAGUGGUUGUGACAUCAUCCCUAACAUCGACAGACACUAAAUACACAAUAAAAUCAAAAGCAAAUCUAACAGAAACCUUUGUUUACAAGGACAGAUAAAAUAGAGGGGAGUCACAUAUGGAUUGCAGAAUUAGCAUCACAGCCUCAGUGCUGGAAAUUUCAGCCAACUAAAAUGUGGUUCGACAACAUGUUCUGUCUGUGUGAGCCUUUAAUACAUACUAUUUUUCUUUCUUUCUCCCCUAGAUAUGGACGUGUUGAAAGUGUCAAAAUUCUCCCCAAAAGGGGGUCAGAAGGUGGCGUGGCAGCCUUUGUGGAUUUUGUGGACAUCAAGAGUGCCCAGAAGGCACACAACUCUGUCAACAAAAUGGGAGAUAGAGACCUUCGGACGGAUUAUAAUGAACCGGGAACCAUUCCUAGCGCUGCUCGGGGAUUGGAUGAUACAGUUUCCAUAGCAUCUCGUAGUAGAGAGGUUUCUGGGUUCAGAGGAGGUGGUGGUGGGCCCACGUAUGGCCCACCACCAUCGCUUCAUGCACGGGAAGGACGCUAUGAGCGGAGACUUGAUGGGUAAGUUCCAAGGUUUCACUAGGCAGGUAUUUUGUAUUUGAUGUGGUGAGAAACACAAACUCCUGUAUAGGGCCCCCAGAUGGAUUUAAAAUUUGGGGAUUUAUCUGCGUUUCCUAUUUUGGGUUUGGAAACGGAAGUGAUUCCCGCCCCAGUGGCUGGUAUCUUGUGGAUCUGUAGAGGAUAUUUCCUGCAGCUGGUUGGAUACUUGGUCCUAAGACGGAAGACUUCCGAUGGUCAUCCUCGAUUAUGGAGCUAUUCUUCUAGAACUUCUAGAACAAUCUCAUUCUUGGAUAACGUUAAGGCUUUACUCGGAUGUAUCCUUAUUAUCAAAUGGAGCUAUUUCGUUACUGCAAGCCUCAAAACCCAGUAUGGAGUAUCUUCAGAAUGUAGAACCUACAGAGUCUUGGAGAAGCUUCAUGGCUAGUUUUUUCAGGGUUUUUCUGGUGUGCAUAGUUUAUGUAUAGAAUUGGAUUGAUUCCAAAAAUUUCUAGUAGGCUUUUUAAAAGUUAUGCAUUCAUCGUCUUGGAUUCUACAAACAACCUCUAGCCAUGGGAAUACAUUGUGGUAUGGUGAAGACAGCAGAAGGCAGCUUUUGAUGUUUCCACUUUUGGAUCUACACCACUUCCGUAUAUCUUGGGAUUACUGUUCCUCGUGGUAUUGGCAAAAGUGAAGGAGAUGGACACUGCUAAAUCUUGGAAAUUACAGGCCAUCUGUUAAGGUGCUGGAAUAAUGGCUACUACCUCGAAUUUGUGGCAUGGUACACAGCCAAGAUCCCAGUGGCCCAGGGGAGUGGAUUACUAUCUAGUCUUGUUAAGAGCGCACUUGUCACUGUACAGUUAAAAGGCACUUUAGCUUUAAAGACACUCUGUUGAUAAUCAGCUUGUGGAUACAUAAAGAGAAAAUUGACUUUGUUGGAUGGUUACAAAGAUGGACAGAGGAUGUCUGCUAGCCAGCAGUGAGAGGCAUUCAUCUAUUCAUAUCUUGGUGUAUUUUCUACCAACUGUUUGAUUCAGACUUAGAGCUGGAGUCACUCUCUUUUGUUGGAUAUACCUAGACGUGAUUUGCUGCCUGAAGAAUGAAGUCUGGGGGUUACAGAGUCCUCAUGUCAAUCUGGGACAACUGGCUUCCAGUGGAUUUUUUUCUCUGUUUGUCACUAAGAUUUUUUUUCUUGCUCGCUCAUCUAAAAUAUCAUUUUGACACCCUUGCCCAUUAAGAAGGUGGAUUACCCCUAUAAGAGGGGCCAAAAUUGGGGAAGUUAUGUUCACAAUUCUCUCCCUAGAUUUAAUUGGGAAUAUAGGUCGUGUUUCCACACUUGGAAAAGGUUGGUAUGUCCUGCCCUGUGUAUAUUAGCUCCUCUCCUAACCCAAGUCAAUCCCUCUUUCCACUAACUCCAGUAGUAAUUAGUACUAAUAGAUAAUCAGCACUGCUGUAGUCAUUAGAUUUUCAGCUCUGCUAGUUCUUUUGUCUGUCUUCUGUGUCCUUCUAAUGGAUAAGGAGCUCUUUUACUAUACCAGUAACCCUCUAGGAGUAUUGCUUCUGUUCCUUUAUUACACCAGCUCUCACUGGCAUAAUGUUCCAUAGGGUGCAAAGUGCUGCUUGUUUUUCUUCUUUUAAGGAAGAAGACACACAUGCACACACACGUGCACACAUUUGGAAACAGUUUGCUGCCUUAUUUGCAUGUAGCUGCAAAUAAUUGGAAAUGUAUAUUGUGCAUUUUGGAAUUUUGCUUUGCAUUUCUGUUAAGACAACUCUGAAUUGCUCAAGAGGCAGGAAUUCAGAGAAAAGAAAGCCUUUAAGAUUCAUCAAGCACCUUCAUCUCAGGGAUUACUAGCCCUGUGCUUGAGAUGCAUGUGUAGGAAGAGAGAGAAAUUUAUAAUCAAGGAAGAUUCUAAUCCACUCUUAAGACUAAACAAAAGAAAAAUACAAGAGAGUUCAAGCUUUUGAGAAGAUCUGUCCUGGGACCCAGCAGAAGAGGAGGAACUGUGGGGGUGGAGGUGGGAGAGGAUUGAGUGCCUAGAACUGAAGUAGCUGUGAAUUGGUUUUCAAAGAAGACUGUUGGAACAAAGGGAGAUGGCUUAAAACCCUUCUUCCUAAAAUGGGGCUUUAAAUUUUGCAACUAACUCAGGCUCUGGCUUAUUACUAAAUCCACAAACAUUUCCUGUUGAAUUACUAUUUUUCUUGAUUAGCCAUGCCGCUAAAGAUUGGCCAUCCUUUUACUUUUAAUAAAUUAGAGUACUAAACUAUUGGAAGCCUUCUGGAUCAUUUUGCUUUCUGUUUUGAAAUACUGUCCUAUGAAAAUACUCAUCAGUGUUCUGGGCCAUAGAACUGAGUCACAGGCACAGUGUUCUCAUUAACUCUGAAGUACAUAGUAGAGCAAACUGCUGAUUAUUUAUGUGGAGUAUAGAAACUGUGGCAAUUAGCUUUAUUCUUUAAAUAUUAAUACCCCGCUUUUCUUUGAUUCAAAGCUGCUUACAAAAAUACCCACAGCUUACCAGUAAAUCAACAGAAAUCUUGCUUUGGGGACUUAAUACCUUUGUGGGCAUGGCUUUGUCUCCACAUUGUCUGUGGCACUUAAAAGUACCUACCUCUUGGAUAAUUAAUAGGAUCAAUGUAUUGAGCAUUCACUGUUUUGACAUUAUAUCCAAGGAAUCUUAGCAACUAAAAUGCUAACAGUAACUUGCCUUUUCUGGACUCAUGCUUUUCACAGGGGUUUUCAUGGCCAGCCAAACAUUUAGCAAAAGAUCUUCAGCAUACCCAUGCAAUGAAAAACAUGAGUAGUUGUAAUUAUUUAAAAUCCUAGAGCAUUCUGGUCCUAGAAAAAAUAUAUUUUAAAUUGGUGAUUUUUUUUAUAAAAAAAAAACUAUGUGAAAAUCAUUCAGGGCCCAGAAGAUCAUUAGUUUGUUCUGUGAUGCAGAACUCUGGUCAUGAAAGCCCAGUUUAAUCAGUGAAGCAGAAUCAGUGCCAAGAUGUGCUGUACCUAGAUGUAACUGAGGAGUUGUGUGGAAGAACCAAGCUCAUUGGUUUUGCUUAAUAGUCAUUAUAGUCAUUUAGAGUCUUUUAUUGUUAAUAUUACUUGUGAAGAUCGCCAGUGCCACACUAAAUGUUUGCAUGAUGCUGGGACCUUCUCCUCCAUCUCUGAUUGACAUAAAUAUUUUCCCCCUCCUAAAUGCAGGGCUUCAGAUAACAGGGAGCGUGCUUAUGAACAUAGUGCCUAUGGACACCAUGAACGGGGGACAGGAGGAUUUGAUCGGACAAGACAUUAUGAUCAGGAUUACUAUAGAGAUCCUCGAGAGCGGACUUUACAACACGGACUCUAUUACAGUUCUCGGAGUCGCAGCCCGAGCCGUUUUGAUGCUCAUGACCCCCGUUACGAACCUCGGGCCCGGGAGCAGUUUACUUUGCCCAGCGUGGUACACAGGGAUAUCUACAGGGAUGAUCUCACACGGGAGGUACGAGGCCGGAGGCCAGAGCGGAAUUACCAGCACAGCAGGAGCCGGUCACCACAUUCAUCCCAGUCUAGGACCCAGUCUCCUCAGAGGCUGGCGAGCCAAGCGUCAAGACCUACUAGGUCCCCUAGUGGCAGUGGCUCUAGGAGCAGAUCAUCAAGCAGUGAUUCAAUCAGCAGCAGUAGCAGUACCAGCAGUGACAGGUAUGUAAACGCCCCUGUCAUAUUUAUUAAUGCCAUGUUUUCAUCCUGGGCCCCGAUAUGAAUUCCCAAGGAUUACCCAUGGGAUAUUGCAGUGUCCUUUUCUUAUUGUUCUAUUCCCCUGCCCCCUGAAGACCUGUGCCUUCAGCAUUUGAGCCCCUGCUUAAGAAUGAAGUUGUUGACAUUUAUAUGUGCUACAUUUCAAAAUGUGUCAACUUAAAUGGUGCCUCAUGGAACAAAGUUAAUAUGAUUGGUUUCAUACGGCUUUCCCACUUCUAUUUAAAAUCCAGUGCCAAUUAUCAGUCAUUGUCUGCCUUGCUUUCUCUUCUCCCACCCCCUGCCUGCAUGUGUUUUUUCCAGCAUAUUUUGUAAGUUUAAAGUAAUAACCUUCUCUUGGUAAUGACGCCUGAGAGAUGAAUGGAGUGUUGGUUUUAAAUUGUGGCUGUAGCUGAAUGGAUUACUGUGGCAAAAUAAUGUUGUUCAAGCUUAGCAAGGACUUGAUAGAAGGAUUUUUUUGUUUUGUUUCUAUUUAUCAAUGAAGAGCUGUGGGAGAAUGAGAGAAAUUUUGGAAUAGAAUGUGUAUCAUAUGAAACUGGUUUUAAAGGACUGUAUCUUCCUUCCCAGUCAAAUUGUAUGUGUGUACAGGCGACAGCCAUUUUAGGCAUGUCCAAUUGAUGAACAGUCGCUGAUGCGUGGGUCCUUUUGGACGUGGUAGAAGGCCGAACGGGGGUGGAACGGGACAGGGUGAGGCACACAUGUAUGUACUGGCACACUUGCUUGUCCUCGCAAAGCCAUAAUUUGCCUAUGUGUUUUAUGUGAACCAUGUCCAAAUGUUCAUUACAGGUACUUGGGAAAAGUGCUAUAGAUGCUUGUAAAUAAUUGGUAGCUCUGAAAAUUAAUUUUCUCCAAUCAGCAAAGGACUUUGCAAAAGAAGGGUCCAACAUUGCAAUGUUAUCCUCUAUUGGUGUCUAUAAAAAUCUCACCAACUGAAAUGUGUUUUCAGUGUUUCAUCAAACUAAUUUUUGUCUUCCUUAUUCUAGUUAGUGCUUGACCACUAGUACACGGUAUUUGCAGACUUGACUCUGGCAUACUUGCCUGAAAUACUGAUUGGUGUUGUUGAAUGUAUUAUUUCCAGCAUUAGAUAUAUAAGCUAUUUGCCAAAUGGCACCUUAAAUCUAGGUUACAAUCCCCAUUUUUUUUUUUUUGCAAUUAAUUUAUUAUUAUUAUUAUUAAUUUCAUUUGUAUACUGCUUUAUAUUUCAAAGAAAAAAAAUCUCAAAGCAGUUUACAAUACAUUAAAACAGAAAAUUAAACAACCCAGAAUAAAAUAAAUGCAAGCUUCAAGGGAAAUAUUCCCUAUAUUUAUUUACCUGCUUAAUUUAUAUAGCUGCCCCAUAGCAGAAGUAUUCUAGGAAGCCAGUGUGGUGUACUGGUUAGAGUGUCUGACUGGGACCUGGGAGGUCAGGGUUCAAAUCCCCAUUCAGUCAUGAAGCUCACUGGGUGAUCUUGGGCCACUCACAGCCUCCUAACCCCUACAAUGACCCUGUGAGGUAGAUUAACUGAGGAGGAGGACUCAAAGGUGGGAUAUAAAUGCAAUAAAGUCUGUAAGUUCUUCUGCUCACCUUCUUAAGAAAGCUGGAGGGGCCAGUCAGAUGGAGAUGUCAAAGGCCAACCUCUGCAAUUGGACCCGUAGCAGUUGCAGAACGUGCCUAGUGCCUGGGGAAUUUCAAACAGUGAUUAUUUCACAUUGGGCUUGUGAAACUCACAUACUUGUGGUGAAGCCCAGCUUUCAAGUAAUGUUACUGUAGAGACCACAGAGCUUCUUUUUAUCUAGAAUGUGUUUCGAGAAUUCCACUUGAAUUAAUUCUUGUGUUUUCUAAUGUAGUUGCUGUGAUUAAUGGACUAUGACUCUUUGGUUAAACCAGAUGAACUUUAGAAAGAAUUUGUCUUCUUUGUUGAAACUUGCCCUUGUCAUGGAUUUUUUAAAAUUGAUUACUUGCAUGUAUCCUGAAACAUGAAGAUGAAAAUUACUGUAGUGAAAGGUGCUAGAAAAACCACCAUGACUUAACAUUCAGGUUUCCUGAGACUUGGCUGGAGAGAUUGGUUGCUGUCUCUUGCUUACCAGCCUCCUCUCCUGGAGUGAAAGUAGACAUUGGCAAACUUUAUUGCAUUACAUAAUACUGGCCAUUCCCUCCUGUGGCACCCCCUCCUUUCUUUCCUGCUCUGGAAUUUGCCAACUAAGGAUGAAUCACUUGCUUAAAAUGGUAUUUAGUGGAGUGUGGGUGGGUUAGGUGCUUCCUGUUCAUGGGGACAAUUGGGGAAAACUGCUUCAGAACUUAGGCUCAACAAAGGCCAUUUUCCAUGUGGUUUUGCUGGUGGAGAAGCAGUUUGAGUGGAGAACUUCAGCAGCAACGGUAUGGUAUGGUCUGACCACCGUGUGUGUGUGUGUGUGUGUGUGUGUGUGUGUGUGUGUGAGAGAGAGAGAGAGAGAGAGAUUAGCCUUGUAUAAAAGAUCUGAAUUGUUUCUGUUGCCUGUCAUGCCCAUGCUAAUGGUGCAAACAUUCAGGAACAUAACCAGUUUCUUCCUUCCUUUCUUAAUUUAAUAUUGGAUGUCCCUGCCCCCACCCCUCCAAGCAUACACACAGUUCUUCAAGAGAAAGAGCCCUGUUCAUUUUUACAUAUUACGUUGUUAUGAUAUUUUUAUGUAAUUCUUUUAGGACAAAGAGAACUUUCUUAAGCCAGAAGCUGAAUGACUAAACGCCUGUUGGCUAGCUUCGGUUGCAGGGUUGUAAACUGCGGAUUGUGUUAGCUUCUCUCUAGAGUAGUAAUUUCAAAAGCUGCCCUGUCAGAUAUGCCUUUCUCUUGCUCUUUAAGGCUCUCCUUAACUGCUCAGUCUCUUCCAGAGGUGUUAGCAUUCCUUGCCUUAAGCUGUCCCCUACUGUUCAGCAGUGUGGAGUGUAGCUAUCAGGCAUGUUGAUUUGUGUGUCUGUGUUCAGGGUUUCUUUUCAAGGCUGCUUGCUAGGAUGUUCCGUUCCUGUGGGAAGAUCUCAUCUUAAAAUCCUUCAGGAGGACGGGACCCAAGACCAUUGUUCAUUCAGAUGCUUUGCAUUCAAAAACAUUUCUUGAUUAAUUCCGUCUUGAGGCUUUGUUUUCAUUUGUACAGGUCUAAGUCAAGGUGCAUUUGCAAAUCAGCCAUGUUUGCGGAGUUUAUUUGAUUUCUGUAGCAAAAAUUAUAAUUACAGUGAAACGAAUUAAAAGAAAAACACUGGUAUCCCACCUUCCUCCACUCAGAUAAGGUGGCUGGAAGAAUGUGGGCAAACGAGGCCUCAGGUCUCCACAGCUGAUAAGCGAGGAGUAGCCUUGUAUGCUGUGGGAGCUGCUGUGUCCAAAUAGUGUCGACUGUGCAAGGACCUCCUUGUUUGUGUUCCCAGAACCAGUCUGAACUGGAAUCAUCCAGUCGGAUUUGGCCGUGUGCCACCUCCCAAGAGGCUGUGUUAGAUGUAGGUCCUGCCGGCCUGGUAUUUUGUUUGUACAAAGCAGAAAGUUGUGGGAGAGAGCUGAGAGAACAAGCAAUUCCUCAGCCGCUGUGACAGACAGGGACCUCUGGCCAUCCCUAGAAGGGAAGGGCUGAUCCCUGGAUUUGAAGGGGUGACUGCUUUAACCUGGGAUGUGUACUCUCUGAGGCACACAGCAGUGCAGAAAACCUUUAAUUAGGCACAUGCUAAAGAGCCAGCAUCUUUUGAAGUGCUGACUGUUGCACCUUCUGUGCUUUAUUCCUCUUUUGUGUUCAGUCAUUAUGAACGCUCUCUCUUUAUUAGCCCCUGCUGCCUUUCUGCAGCAAAGGGCUGAAGAUUUAUUUCCUUUUUUUCUUCCAGUUUUGAAUUUUGCUGUUGAAAAACAACCCCCAACCAGAGCUAGGAGGCCUAACUUUAGAACUUGUUUAUGUGGACCCCCCCCCACUCCAAAUAUUAUUUAAUGUGGAGAGUUAAAUUUUUGCCUGAUUGACCUGUUUAUAUUGUCUGGUCUCCACCCCUCACCCACUGUUGUCAUCUUCAACUUUCUCUUUUUAAGGUUUGGCUGAGCACAUUUAUUUAUUUGUUUUAUUUAUCCUAUUUUUGCCCCACCUUUCCUCCAUGAAGCUCAAGUUUGCAUACAUAAUUCUCUUCAUUUUAUUUGUGAAGGGGGAGUGACUGGCCCAAGGUUGCCCAGUGAACUUCAUGGCUGAUGGGGGAAUAGUAUGACACUCAACUCCUGAUACUUUUGAGUUAAUUAAUGCGAGAAAACUGAUUAAUUUGAUCAUUGUGUAGUUUGUGUGUGUGUACCCCAGAUAGAAUUGCUAUAAAAUUGUUACUGUUUUUGUUGUUAGCAGAAAGAGUUGCAAAGUGGUAGUGAUCGUAUUGAUAGCAUUGAAUUAGAAAGGGAGAUACAAUUCUUGUUUUCCAGUAUCUCUUCUGUUCUGUGAUGGUAGAGUUUCUACUUAGGAAGUUAGAUACAUUACAAGAAUUAUUGUAAUGUAUCCUUACUCUUACGAAGGAUAUAGAGUUGAAUGAGAAUACUGAACUGUCAGAAGGCGCGCAAAAUCUGUAGCAUCUAAUUCUCUUGGUUGGGAUACUGACUCAAAUGCAAGUCUGGUACCCAGGAGCUGGCAAUACUGUUGUCUUAUUUUUGUGCAGCAUUGGCAGAUGUGAUGACACUUAAAGGCACAGAAAAUUAGUUUGACAUUGGAGUGCAGAUGUUUAAAGUGACAAUGGCCAACAGGAGGCUUUGAAAGGCACCAGUCCCACUUGUAAGUUGAACAAGACAUUUCAGAUCACACCCCUGUUGUAAUCUGCUGUUUGAGGAGUAGUGAAGUUUUUGUCUCCCUCGCUGACAGAAUCCAGAUUAAGAAAGAUCAGGAUCCAGUCUGUAGAUUAAAAUAAGUGUGGCUAUAUCUUCUCCCACUCAAACACACUCUCCAUCUAUCAGGAUUUGAAUAGAGGAUUGACCUUAUGAAUAUCAGUAAGACCAGUUUUGAACUGGAAAAGUGUUUUCACAGCUGAAACUCUGGCUUUAGAUCUCCAGAGCAAGUGAGAGAACACUGGUCAUUUAAUAAUAUUGGAUUGUGUGAAUGGUAAGCAGCUUGCACAACUGAUCUUCCCUUGAACACCUCACCAAAAGCCUCUCUAAAAGGCAAGGCGAGGCACACAGUGUUAGAAAUGCCAAUCGAAAUAUAAGCCAAUCGCCAAAUGGCACCUUAAACCUAGGUUAUGAGCACCACAACAGAAUGCCUAGGUGCUGUUCCUCUCCCAGUAAUAAUAAUAAUAAUAAUAAGAAGAAGAAGAAGAAGAAGAAGUACCUGAAUGAGUGUACUAAGAUUUUGAUUGAAAAUAAGGGAUUGCCAAAUUUGCCCUAUUACUACAUCAGGAAUGACAUAGCACACAUGAUCAACCUGAUGGCAAAAUGGCCUACUCUGUGAGGACCAUAACGCCUUACUCGUCACUUCUACCUAAGGAGUAUUGCUACUUAAGGUCAAACACCUCAUAUAAAAUUAUCACUGUUGCCAUGAGCGAAACUGAGGGAGAGGGCAAGGAUAUAGGCGUGCCAGCAGAUUGUGAGUUAAGCGAGGUAAGAAGAAUGCAGUGAAGUAUGUCUUCUGGUUCCAUAGAAAGGUGCCGUUGGGAAGGAAAUAAAAUAAUACUGUCGCCACAAAGGUUGUUCUGGAACUAGAAGUAACCAGCAAAUGCUUCUAGACAAUGUUUUGCAUUUGAUUCCACUGUGGACAGCUGUGAUGGUCCCAUUCUAUGGGUAUAGUGGUGUUACAGCCAGCAGUGCUUCCAGUCAGGCUUAUUUCAAGGACCUGAAGUGUACAGAAUUCAAACAUACAACUCUACCUGUGCAUCUGGGUGACUUCAUUUUCAGGCAUAGUCAGUCAUUAGAGAGUACCAGGAAGCUGGCUGCUGCAGCUCAACCUACAUCUGUGAUCAUUGAGGAUGAUAGGAAAGAAAUGGUUCAAGAAAAGGUGACUACUUGAUGUGCUUCUGAACCUAGUGGGGGAGGAUUUCUGAACAUUCCCAGAAUCACAUGUUAUUCAAGACAAUGCUCAAUAGAAAAGCAAAUACAGUAACAAUACCUAGGAAAGACAGAUAAUGUACUGGCAUCAGAGAAGGAUGACAAAGAGAAGGUGAUUCACACAUGCCAGAGUAUCAUCAAUGUGCUAGAAGUGAUAAAGUCACACUGUUUGUCUACAACCAAAGAAGUGCAUGGAAACAUCCUAGCAGAAGAACCUCUGAUGCUCUGUGUGGCAGAGUUGAAGGACAAUGAGAACUGAUUUUUAAAUUGAUUCUUAAUCUCAAGUAACAAAACAUUCCCAUACAAGGAAACUAGAGCUUAGUAGUUGUACAGAAAAGAAAGAAAAAUAGGAGCUGAUGGUGGUAUUAGACGGUCUAAGCAAGGCAGUCAAAUGAAAGUGUCUCUCCUUAAGGUUCCAUGAGUCAGUGGAGGGUGAAACCAUGUUCCGUUGUCUUAACAAAGUUAAUAAAAGGACACCAUGUCAUAUAAAAGGUGUGAGUCUUCCCCCUGCCCCCGAUAAAUGUAAGAUAAUAGGGUUAAUUUUGGGUCUGGUUGUAGCAAUUGUCCCAUCAUUUGAUUAUUUGUUUGAAAAACUUCUUUCCUGAAAAGCGAAUGAUUUUUGGGCAAAACCACCACAUGUGUGUUGUUGUUGUUGUUAAUUUAUUUUUGCAUUUGCAUACUACCCUUCAUCUGCAGAUCUCAGGGCUGUUCACAACAUACUAGAGAGCCAGGUAAAUUGCAUUUCUGCCAGCAAAGGUUGAGUGUGUUAUGAUCACUUCUCUAUAGUCUUGCUAGGCACGUGUACCAGGAGACAUGGGUGGCACUGUGGUCUAAAUCACUGAGCCUCUUGAGCUUGGUGAUCAUAAGGUCAGCAGUUUGAAUGUGCGUGAUGGGGUGAACUCCUGUCUCUUUGUCCCAGCACCUGCCAACAUAGCAGUUUGAAAGCAUACCAGCGCGAGUAGAUAAAUAGAUACUGCUGUGGUGGGAAGGUAAGUGGCAUUUCUGUGUGCUCUGCCUUCCAUCAUGGUGUUCCGUUGCACUGGAAGCUGUCUAGUCAUGCUGGCCACAUGACCUGGAAAAGCUGUCUGUGGACAAACACUGGCUCCCUCGCCCUGAAAGCGGAGAUGAGCGCCGCACCCCAUAGAUGAAUUCAACUGGACUUAAUUGUCCAGGGGUCCUUUACUUUGCCUAUCUUUACAGCAUUUUCUCAAGUUCUAACUGAGAUUAAUCCAAGUGGUAGUUUAUUCCAAAUUUGUUCCCAGAGUUGUUUCUCUAAAUUUUCUCCAAAGUCUUUCCCUGUUUUAGUCUUAAUGAAGUGAGAGGAAGGGUAGCCAGUUGUGUGAGGAUUUUAUAUAGUUGGGAGAUGACCUUUCUCAGUGGAUGAGUUGGUUGAGUAGUUGCUCCAAACUGUUUAAGCUGCAUAAUGCUUGGGUCUUUAUAUUUGAUUGGUUUAGAAAAUGUAUAAUCUGGUGUACCUCUAACCAGCCAUAUGAUCUGUCUCCCAAUGGAAAAUAAUAAUUCUGGAGCUGUAAGGAGCUUUUGAUUACUGUAGAAGUCUCUGAGUUUAUAUAAUCCCACUGUUUCCCACCUAGGAAAUCAGCCUGAUUUGGCUGCUUUGUGAAAGGAAGUGUUGAGUUAUUGGGACUAAAGAGGGAAUCAGAAGGUAGAAGUUCAGUCUCCAUUACUUCCAUAUGGUAAAAUCUGAUUUUAGAAAGUGGUUAAUAGCAGAUUUGACCAAGGUAAAAAGCAGGACAGACAGUGGGCAGCCCUGCUUUGUGCCCCGACCAAUGGGGAAUGUCAAAGAGAGUUCCCCAUUCACCAAAACAUGGACCAGUGACUCAUAGUAUAAAUUAUAAAGCUUAUCAAUCCAGAAUGCACUAAUACCAAAGGAACAUUGAAUUGUAAAGAUAUAUUGCCAGUUUAAACCAUUAAAUCCCUUUACUGCACCCAGCAUCGAGAAAACAGUAGGUUCUGGAUGUGAUUAACUCUUAAAAAAUUGCAUUGAAUCCUUCUAAUAGAGAAAGCUUUAAGAAUCUGACUUGGUGAUGGUAGACAUAGUUGGGUGAAAUUUUUGAAAGUCCACUGACCAUUAUGUCUGUAAAUAAUUUAGCAUCCACAUUAAUCAAUGAAAAAGGUUUAUAUAAUUCAACUUGAUCAAGUUCUUUCUGUGGUUUGGGUAUGACUGUGAUAAACGAGAUAUGCCAAGUUUCAGGAAUUUGGCCUCUAUUCUGUAUGUCAAGAAACAAUUUCAGAAGAAAAUGUGAGAUUUUUCUGUUUUGUUUUUCUGUUUUGGAUUUCUGCUAAGAGUCUUAUUAAAUUUUGGAUUCAUUUUUUUUCUUCUAGGAAAUUUGUGAAGAUUUGGGAGUCCAAUGGUUCAGAUUUAUAUAGUUUUGUAUAAUUUUUUUUAAUCCCGUAGAACUUAUUUUUGUCUAUGGAUUCCCCCCCUCCAAUUUUAAGAGAGUGCAUCACUUUUUGCUGUGUGUGACAUGUUCUUAGAGGUGCUGUGCGUUUCCGAGGGAGCCAAUCAAUCCUCCUAAAUGUCAUGGAGCAUUAUGUAGCAUAUUCUCCGAGACAUCAUGACAUGUGGGAGGAAUACAAUGACCUAAGGAACAAGAAGUCAUUAUGCAGUAAAAAUAGGCAAAUCGUUUGUCAUAUACAGAUUUACACCUGUAUAGAAACAUACAAAUUUGGCACUAAGCUUUUUGUAACCUUAUGAAACUGGAACACAGAAAUAUUUUGGCAACUGAGCCAGUAAACAUUUUCAGUGGAUGUUCCCAGGCAACAUGCUAUCUUUUUGGAGACUCAAUUUUACACUGUGUUAUAAUUUCUAAAUAGUGUCUUACAGCUUUUAAAACAAUGAAUCUGUGCAUAUAAAGCUCCCACAUUCCUCAGUCUGGUCUAUUUUCAUUUACUUCUCACACAUUAUACUUCUGGAAUUCUUGCAGGUCUUGGUGAUAACAACUUUAGCUAAUAAAUACUUUUCUCAGUAAUUGACCAUGCGUAUGUAGAUGUGUAUGUGUAUGUAGAUAUUUGCAGCUGAUGUUGGUAUAUAUGUUUACAUGAAUGUUGAAUGUGUGUAUAAAUGUUUUUGUUUCUCGUCAGUUUCUAGAAGAGCACUGCAAAAUGCUGAAAACAAUUACAGUGCUGCCCCGCAAGACGAAUGCCUCGCAAGACGGAAAACCCGCUAGACGAAAGGGUUUUCCGUUUUUCAAUGCGUUUCGCAGGACGAAUUUCCCUAUGGGCUUGCUUCGCAAGACGAAAAUGUCUUGCGAGUCUUGAGAUUUUUUUCACUCCCCCCCCCGUUUUCUAAGCCGCUAAGCCUUUAAUAGCCUUUUAGCAGCUAAGCCGCUAAGCCUUUAAUAGCCGCUAAACCGCUAAUAGCGCUAAUCCGCUAAGCCGCUAAUAGGGUUGCUUCACAAGACGAAAAAACCGCUAGACGAAGAUACUCGCGGAACGGAUUAAUUUCGUCUUGCGAGGCACCACUGUACAAAAAUAUGGCACAGGUUUGGAGUAAAUCACUGAUUGAACUUUGGCACCAGUUUGGAGUAAAUCAAGACUGUGUUGGAUUCUGAGUGGUGUUAACUAGGGGCCCUGGUUAGAUAUAUCACUUACUGUACUUUGGGCGGGGGGCACGCACUGCAAAGUGUAGGGUUUGCCCUACAAAAUGCUUCAAAGCAGCUGCAAAAUGUUGAUAGUGGUUUGGAGUGAAUUGGACAGUGUUGGUUUCUUGGGUGAUACCUAUGACCCCUGGUUUGAGUACCAAUUACUCAUUUUUUGAGGUGCUGCAAAACAUAGGGUUUGUACUGCAAAACAAUUGCAGCCGCUUGGCACCAGUUUGGAGUAAAUAGGAGGAGAAUGAUGUAUUUUGAAUGGUGUUAAUGACAAGCUCCGGGUUGAUGUAUCACUUACUAUGCUUUGAGCAUGCUUCAAAAAGAUUGCAAAAUUUUGGUGCCGGUUUGGAGGGGGUCCCAGAUUUCAGGAUUCAUAAUUAAUGGAGCUGUUGGUACGAACAGUGUACUGUUUGGUCUUGGGCAAUAUAACCCAGUCCCAUAGCCUAGCAUGUCAUUGACAGACACUAAAUAAAUACAUAAAUAGUGUGACAGUCUGGCUCUUAUGACUAUCAUUUUUUGCUGGGUCUUUUGCUGCUGUUUUUGCAACAGCAGGUGUGGGCGGCAAUCUUCUGUUCUUUCCCCAAACCUUGUUCAAGGACAACUCUGAUCAAAAUGGUAAUGUCUGACAUUUGCUGUCCAUGUAUCUACACAUAGCUAUAUCUGGAGGAUGCUGUUCUCUGCAUGGAUGCUUGCUACUUGCAUUUAGAAAUUUUAUUUGUGCAUAAGGUGCCCAUGAGUGUAUUGGAAGAAGCACUUUUGCAGCUUGGUAGACUAAAAAACGGUUGUGCCAGAUCACUACUGUUGCUGCUUAUCGCCAGAACACCUGAACCUGGGUUUUGUAAAUAGCUGCUCACAUGAUUCCCAUGAGGAAAUGUUGUCUUCAGGUGAUCAGGUUGAAAAUUUUUCUGUAAACUUGUAGGGAGUCUGGCUAGUAAUGUCUAAGGACAUACUGUCUGAACCUGCUCAGUUUUCACACCAGGUUUUCAAAAACAGGCCUAAGGGUUGGGAAUGUUUCUUUUUUGCUAUGCUGGCUGAAGAAAGACAAUUCUCAGAAGUUCUUGGAAAGUUUGACCAUAACCUUGGGCUGCUUUGGUUACUCACGUUCCCAGUUGGGGAAUUAGACUGUGGAUGAACUCAGUUCCAGAUAUUGGUGUGAAUUUAGCACUACUUGUCAUAAAUAGAAAGGAUGCUGGCAAGAGAUCCGAAUUUCAAGCUUUCAUGGCUAAUUAGCAGUGGAGCAUUAUGUUUUGCAUGUUCACAGUUCUAGAUUUAAUACCUGACAUCUCUACCAAAAGGAUUCGGGGAAUGGGAAAUCUCUGUCUGAAAUCUUGGGAGAGCUGAUAUCAUAUUCAGUUGAAAGCUUAUUGGGCAGCUGAACUGGAAAGAUUCCAGGAGAGCUGGUGCUAGUCAGAGUAAGCCAUACUUGCUGAGUGUUCUGAAUUGCAGGCCCAAAAGAGAGCCUGAGUUGAGUGGUUUGAUGCAGGGAUACCAAACAAGGAUGUCAAAAACGCCAGAGUGGCCAUUUCUAGUGCUUUAUUAAAGAAAGGUGCAAACCAGGGGUCAGCAAGGCUUACUGGGCAUGGGCCGGAUCACACCCGCGGAGAUCCUCUGUGGGCUGAACUGGUGCAGUUGGAAAUUGCGCCUGCGCAUGUCCACAGCGCCGGAAAUCGCUUCUGUGCAUACCCAAGCACCCGAAAUCGCACCUGCGCAGAAGCGAUUUCUGGCAUCUGGGCAUGCACAGAAGUGAUUUCUGGCACCGCAGACACGCGCAGACGUGAUUUUCGGAGCCAGGGAAGAGAGUCACCGUGCCGUGCUGUGGCACUUUAGCGCAGUGUGCGGGGACUCACCGAAUGGGCAGCUUGGUUCGGGGGUGGCUCAUAGGCCGGUUAAGUGACCCUCAUGGGCCACUUCCGGCCCAUGGGGCUUAGGUUGCUGACCUCUGGUGUAAACGUACAAUGCAGCUUACAAAGCCUCAGUGGCUUUACAGACCUAGGACCAGACACCACAACAGUGAGAGGUUACUGUGAUUUGUCCACAAGGUGCUAAUUUGUAUAAUGUAAGCAUUACUUAUACAAACAACAACAUAAGUAAGUUUGACCAAAACCUCCCAUCAAUCCACCUGACCUAUGAGGGCAUAGAUGGCAAAUAUCCAAGGCUUAAAGAUAGCUUCCCUCUCUGGGCCAAGAGCCCAGCAUCCCAGGGCCCAGAGAUAAGCAUAGCAUCAAAGCAAGCAAAUAUGAUUAUAUAUCAGCUCAAUCUUGCAACAACUACCAGUUAAAGUAAUUGUAGAGUUAACUUGACUAUCCAGAUGGUGUUUGCAGAGCUCCCAGAACAUCUCAGCUUUGGUUCAACACAUCUAGAUGAACCAGUGGGCUGACAAAAAAGGACUGUAGGUUCCCCCUCUAUUAGAGAUGGCAGGCUCAGACUAUGGUUGAAUCAGAGUGGCUUGCUGAGGCCCCGCAGUUAGUGCAUGGCAGAGGUGAGAGAUGAGCAUGAGAUUUCCAGCUUAAAACAUGCUCGCAGCUACUAAAAGGUAAAGGUACCCCUGCCCGUACGGGCCAGUCUUGCCAGACUCUAGGGUUGUGCGCUCAUCUCACUCUAUAGGCCGAGAGCCAGCGCUGUCCGCAGACACUUCCGGGUCACGUGGCCAGUGUGACAAGCUGCAUCUGGCGAGCCAGCGCAGCACACGGAACGUCGUUUACCUUCCCGCUGGUAAGCGGUCCCUAUUUAUCUACUUGCACCCAGGGGUGCUUUCGAACUGCUAGGUUGGCUGGCGCUGGGACCGAAUGACGGGAGCGCACCCCGCUGCGGGGAUUCGAACCGCUGACCAUGUGAUCGGCAAGUCCUAGGCGCCGAGGUUUUACCCACAGCGCCACCCGCGUCCCUCCACAGCGCCACCCGCUCGCAGCUACUAUAACACUUCAAAUCAUGUAUAAACAUGAAGUGACUCAGAAAACACAUAUAUCCUCUGUUUUUAAAGUCUUUUUUUAAAGAGUGGGACAGGUUUGUUUAUUUUUUUAAAAAUCAUCUCUACAUUUUAGCACAAACUGCUAAAACCCCUGCCAACCCACUCCAGAUAUAUUAUCAUAUGUAAUUCCCAUCCCCCUUGGCUUGGUGUUGCACCUUAUGUAAAUCAAUACUACUAGAGUUUUCGAAAUAAUAAUAGUCCUAAGGAAGACCUCGUAUCUGGGUACUGGAAGCAUUUUGAAUAUCUCUCUUAAGGCCAUUGUCUACAAGAAUACCAGGUGAAAUAACACACUUAAAUGUAUUUCACCACCCAUUUCAAAUUAAGGCACAUGUGUUUACCUGUAGGAUGUGUUCCAAAUUCUGCUUAUUAGACACAAGUCCAAAAUUUGGAGGUCAUUAACAUGCUUAACCAGUCCUUUACUGUCACCUUGUAAUCUGUAUGUAAAUCAAGAAACCGGUGUGUUGUGCCUGACUAAGAACCUCUGGACUCUGCCUGAGCACUGACCUAUUUUUAGCUAGGGGGGAAUUACAGUAGUUGUUUAUCGACACGGUCAUAUGACAAUAUUAACUAGUAGGACGUGACACAUGGCCACCAGCUGAUUCCUCCGUCUUAUGUAGGUCAGAGUUGUGAGGACAAAGUUAGUUUGCCUUGAUGAAAGGAUAUGUUGGAUCUUCAGACCAUAUUCUCUUGUAUGCUGCUUGCUUGUUUCCUGAAUUUACAUUUCACUCUGUUUCAAAGACUCGAUGGAUGUUAACGCUUCCUUAUUCUUUUCUCCAGUAUCCCUCUGAGGUAGGUCACUAGUUUUCCCCAUUCUGCAGGUAGAGAAACUCAGGUUAAGUAGCGUGCCAAGGAAACAAGUGAAUUCUCAAGGCCGAGCCUGAUCUUGUUUCAAAAGUCUCACAUGCUUCAUUUCACUCUACUAUGUUGUCUCCUAUACAAGUAUGGAGGCUUUGGGAGAAGGAUGGGACUUGUGUGUAGGAAUUAGUUGUAAUUACUUCUGCCUACGUGUGUCUGAAAACAAGCGUUGAUUAUUGGAUCACUUGAGAUUGGCUCUUUUACAAUGUGUCGGCUAAUCAGAUUAGACUUCAUUAGAAAGGCACAUAAAUAAAAUUCUUCUGAGGUCACUGGUCCUCCCCGCCCCGCCCCCCGGCUGUAAGUGUAUAUGAAGAGCGAAUCAGAGUCCAAUAAGCUGUUUGGGGUUUGGAACGGCUUGAAUUUCUGGAGAUUAAGGGAUUACAGGGAAAUUUUGCUGUCUCUCCUGAUGAAAACUGAAUUGAAAAUGAUACACCGAGUUUAGAGCUGUGUUUUUGCUCUAUGCCAGAAAGAAAUCUUAAGUUCUGUCUUAAAGAAACGUGUAAAAUCAGUUCUGCACAUUAUGUAGAUUUGCAUUCAUGCCUAUGAUCCUUCUGCAGAUUACUUGGCUGAUAGUGCAGUAGUUCAGUUUAUCUUUUGAUUUCUAGUUACGGCUUUUUGGUUACGUCCAAGGAUAAGAUUGAUAAGGGACAGGAGCCCUGGAAAACACUGUGAAGGGAGGAUAUGGAGCAUGGAAACUUCUCUUCCCUCUCCCGUACACUGUCAGCCACCCCCCAUCCAGGCCUCAACUUGAACCUUCCACAGAACAUAGAAUAUUCUCUCAGUUCCUCUCUGCAGUUCAAGCCUAAUAGUUUGAAAAUGAAAAGUGAGAGGCUUAGGAAUCCCAUCUGCUAUGUCAGUUUGGGGAAAACACACUGUUUAGUUCGUGUACCACUUUGAGGUCUGCCGUCCGCCCCCAAAAAUCAAGUAUAUAAAAUUUAUGGAAUGAAUGAAAGAAUGCAUCUAAUCUUCAUACUCCAUGUUUGGCACCUUGUAUGGACCCCAGGGUGUUGCGGAAAGGUUGACUGCACAAAUGUGGGGGUCUACAGAUGGUUCCCCACCCCAAUCCCGAACAAGCUCUGUGGCUUGGUUGGUCUUGACUUGGGAGGGACCGUUUCCAUUCCGUGCUUCCCUCUGUGUCCCCCCCCCCCAUUUAGUUAACUGAUUAACCUGCUGUUAUAAAGUGUGGUGGUAUUAAAAAUGUGGAUUGUGGUGUGCUUUGUGGAGUGCUUUCCUCUGCAGCUCAGUUUGCAGUUUUUAAAAGUGUUCUCUUGCCUGCAAGCACAGUUGCUUUUAAUGUGUCAUGUGUUUAAGUGAGUGUUUUAUUCUCAGUUCUGCCUUAUUUUUACAUCUGAACUUCCUAGAGAGCAUCUUCGCACUUUCCUUUUCAACACUAAUAGAUCAGCACUAAUAGAAAAUUAGGUCACCUCAGGUACCUGUGCUCUUGGCAUGUUUACUAAGCUAUUAGGUUCAGAGGCUGUUUGAGUUAAUUGACUUGUACUCCAAGACGGUAAUGCUUUAGUUUUGCAGAUGUUGCUAAACAGAGGUGUUUGACCAAGGAGGUAAAGUUAACUUAACUCUUCAGCAGCUUUAACUCUGUUUUUUGUGUGUCACCUAGCCUGAAAAAGUGCAGUCCAUGGCACAAAGUGAACAUAUGGAAGGUUCUAUCAGCUCAAGUUUUGGUAGCAGCAAAUCAUUAGCCUCACUUCACAUAUUCCUGAGAGUGAGAAGAGAAUAUUGCAGGAUAAAUCCUGAAUUCCUAGGAUACUUGCUGGUGUUGGUUGUUUGUGGACCAGGCCAGGGGCAGCCUGGGGAGGCGUGUUGCAGAGUUGGGGGAGAGAUCAGUUUUAAGUUUUAAAAAGUUUCCUUGGUUGGUUGCCUGGAGGCCUGGAAUAAUUAGUCCCUGACCCACAGAUCCGAAGUGCUACUUUAGGCAAACCCAAGUUGGAUGGAUAUUUGAGGUGGGGUUUUUUGUGAUUGACCUGUAGGAGGGUCUGGAAAUAGAGAUAUGGGGCACAUAUGCUGUUAUUUCUAACAGCAAUCUUCUGAGGUAGGUUAGUUACAGCAAUUACUAGCCCAAGGCCGCCAAGAUAAUGUUUGAAUGGAACUGAAGACCAGGGUUUAACAUUAAUACAUUGGACACCUGCCAGCUACACCACACUGGUCUUCAAUUAGCCCAUGAGACAAGCCUCCCCAUCCCAUGCCAUAUCCCAUAAUGCUUUUGUAGGUCCCCUUAGUUUGAAAGCAGUUUUCCCCAUGAAGUCAGUGUGUUAAUGGACUGAGAGAACCAAAUGCUGAAACUAAGCAAGUAUAGUUUUUCUUUUUUCUUUUAAAAAGGGGCAGGUUACCGUGAAAGGCAGAGGGUUACAGACCUUUGAGAAAGGUCUGGUUCUUUGUAUCAUUUGGGUCAGAGAGGUGAACUGGGUAUAAAUUCAUGUUUUUUAUUAAGUAAUGAUACUUUCCCAUGCUUGGAAAGAACCUGCAUUUGGCAGUGCCCAUCUUCUUUGUUACUGUGGUACGUAAUCCUCGAGUUCUUCUGGAAAUGACUCUUGACUUGCACACCAGAGUGGACAUAUUGGUGGGGUGAGACAUCUCAGGCAAAAAACAGUGGGAAGCAGUAAUGUGAUAAGUGAAUGUAAGGAUACUUGACCUGUAAUCACCAGCUCACAGUGCUUAGAAUCAUAGAAUUUUAUUAGAAGGCACCCCGAGGGGCCCCUAGUUCAUACCCCUUCCAUGCAGGAAUCUCAACUAAAGCAUCCAUGACAGAUGGCCAUUCAACCUCCAAUGAAGGAGUGUCCACCACCUUCCAGUGGAGGCCAUUCCACUGUCAAAUAGCCAUAACUUUCUUAAGGAGAUAAGCAGAAGAGCUUAUGUACUGCAUUUAUAUCCCACCUUUUCCCCCAAGGAGUACAUGGUUCACUCCCCUCCUCAGUUGUAGGGAUUAACGACCCUGUAAGGUAGUUAAGAGGCUUUGACUGGCCCAAGGUCACCCAGGGAGCUUCAUGACUGAGUGUGGGGAUUUGAACCCUGAUCGCCCAUGUCCUAAUCUAACCACUACAUCACACUGGCUUUCUAGAAUACUUCUGCUAUGGGGCAGCGAUAUAAAUUAAGUAGGUAAAUAAAUAUGGGGAAAGCAAUAUGUCACUUAGAGAAGGAUCUGAAAUAUUUCCCUUGAAGCUUGAAUUUGUUUUAUUCUGGAUUGUUUGAUUUGACGUUUUAAUGUGUUUGCAAACUGCUUUGAGAUUGUUUCUUUAAAACACUGAGCAGAAUUGAAAUGAAAUUAACAACAACAACAACAAGUUUCACGGGGGGCGGGGUGGGAAUAGCGCCUAGACAUACUGUUGUGGUGACUGUAACCUAGAUUUAAGACGACAUUUGGCAAUUAGUUUAUAUAUCUGGUUUCUAACACUGAGAAGAUCUAAUCAAACAGGGUCUGUUUACCUGGUUUUGGGCCCAGAGUAGCCAGGACUGAAUGAUAAUCAGCAGGAAUAAGAGUUCUGUAUUUUAUAUUUACACUGUAUUGUUUGCUGAGAGUUAGAAUAAGAAAGUAGCUUUGUAAUUUUGUAUGUGUAAUCGGUGAAAAGGAAUGAAAAAUGGCUGCAGAGAAACACCCUCAUCUUCAAUAUAAAUGUCUUUGGCACUCUCAUGUUAACUGAUGGGGAGCAUUUUGCCAGUUGACUGAGAAUUAACUGAACAAAUCUGAAUCAUUAGCUGCCUCCAUGCUCCUGCAACAGGACAUAGGGCUACCCUCUAAAAGGGCACUUCCAGGAAGGCUUCCAAUUACCACACUGAUGGUAAAUUCCCAGAUUCUACAUACUCUUACUUCUACACCAAUCUCACACAAUUUUUAUAUCUUUUUUCUCAUAAAUAUUUACUAGGCAUUCUAUUUGGGUAGUAAAUAAGGCACAGCUUAGCUUUGUGUAAGGGGUGUGUGUUGACAUGCAGUAGUUCAUUAUUUUCAUCCUGUGACAACAAAGAAGAUGAAAGAUCCUGCAAAUAAUUCAGCGUAAUAGGAUGCCUGCAAGCCUCUCACAACUUGCCUCCUCUCUCUCUCUCUCUCUCUCUCUCUCUGUCUUUCUCGUGCACGCACGCUGUUUUGAGGAGCCAGAGUAUGAACAUUUCUUCAAACUGAUUUCAGAACAGAGACCGCUUUUGCUGCUGUUCUCUGUUCCCUGAAAAGAGAAGCUAGAAGACACUGCAGCCUGUUACAGAACACGCUGGCAACCCCCACUGAAAGCACCAGGCUAAGGAACCCUCUCCAGUUAUUCCUACUGGAAAAGGGCACCGUGCUUCAAUAUUUAAUCAAAAUAAUAAUGUAAUCCGUUUAUAAAUUGGGGUUCUCCCUUAAACUCUGAUAACAAAACAAUGUCUGAACAAAUUUCUGUUAGGAAAAAAAUGAUCCAAGUCUGAGAACUGUACCUAGAUAAUCAAAUCUAGAUGAUGUCUGGCCCAGGACAAAGCGAUAUCUGUAUUUUUAGGACUGUGACACAAUUAAAAGAAAUGAUAAUGUCCAUCGUCCAUCGAUCUAACUGAAUCUGACUGCAGCUUGAAAAAAAGUUAAUGCUGUAGGAAAAAACUGUUUCUGGAUGAUACAUGUAUGUCUCCCAGAAGAAGCCAUCCUCAUCACAAGAUGCUCACCAUCUAUGGUUUUUUGUGCACUUCUCUUGCUAUGUGUUGCAUGGCUACCAGGAAAUUGUUUUCCGCUAUCAUGAAGGUUUACAAGAUUAAACCACAAAGUAACACAGUAAACUAAACUCAAACCCAAACAACAGAAUAAAAAAAAAAGAACCAGAAAAGUAGAGUAGUGGGAGGGUAAGAAGUCCCCUUGAGAUAAGCUUUUUUUUGGGGGGGGACAUUGUUAAGCCUUUUGGGGAGAAAUUUAAAAAAAUCCACACAUUUAAGUGAUUGUCUGAAAUUCCCCCCGGACACUAAUUCUGGCAUUGGAAUCCCAGACAUGUCCAGGAAAAUCCGGAUGUAUGGCAACCCUACUUUGAGAGAUCCCCCCCCGCUAGAACACUUCCCACCCCUCUGAUCCCUUCCAGCAGCCAGAGCAGAUUUGCAGGAUCAAAGCAGUCAGUGGAACAAAUAUGUUUGUGCAGCCAGAAAGUAUGGUGUUCAAGAGUUUAAUUUAUCCACUGUAUUUUGAAAUCCUGAGUAACAAAUCCUAAGCAGUUUAUGGCAGAAGGGGAAAAUCUGGCAAGAGAAAACCUGCCAGUGGCAGGUGAUUUUUAAAUUCAAAAUACACACAGUGAGAACAGAGGACCAUUGCCAUCUAGUGGUAGGAGGGGAAAUGAUGCAGGAGAUUGGAGCGUGACACGAAAAAGCAGGACUGUCAGGAGCCAAGCUGUGUCUCUGGAAUUACAAAAUCAGUUCCAUGUCCUCACCUCAGACACCAGUUCCUGGCCAGAGGAGCAAGUACAGUGGUUACAGGCCUCAGAACACACCAAGUGGAAGAUAGUGUACAGAACGAUUCCUGCAGUCCCCAGAGGAGAGAUGUGUGGUGACUCCCAAUGGAGGGAGACAGAGGCAGCAGUGUGAGGAUGAAUGACUCCUGGUUUCAGUUGUCUCUACAUGAAUGCCCAGAGUAUGGAAAACAGGCAAGAAAAACUUGAACUCUUAAUACAGGAUGGCAAACAUGACCUAAUACUGAAAGCUGGUGAGAUGAGACUCAUGACCAUAGCUGUCAACUUUUCCCUUUUCUUGUGAGGAAUGCUAUUCGGAAUAAGGGAAUUUCCCUUUAAAAAAGGGAAACGUUGACAGCUAUGCUCAUGACUGGAAUGUAGAAAUUGGGGGGUACAACUCACUCAGAUGAAAUAGAACAAACAGGAAAGGAGCGGGAGUAGCAUCAUAUAUAAAGGAUGUGCAUGCUUGUGAAGAAAUCCAUGACCUGGAGCAUGGAAGGCAGAUUGGAAGUAUAUGGGUAAAAAUUGUAGGAGAGGAAAACAGCAGUGACCUUAUUGUGGGUGUCUGCUCAUAGACCUCCAAGCCAGAUUGAGGACUUGGAUGAUUCCUUCCCAGAGCAGAUUACCAAACAUUCAAAAAGGAGAGUGAUAUAGUAGUCAUGACAGACUUCAAUUACUCCAAUAUCUAUUGGAACUCAUACUCUGCCAAGAAUGAAAGGUCCAACAAAUUCCUCAGUUGUCUCGCUGACAAUUUUGUUUCCCAGAAGCAGGUCAUCUCUCUUUGACCCGGUGCUCAGCAACAGGCAGGAAAGAAGUGAAAGUACAGGGAACCUUGGGAAGAAGUGAUUAUAUCCUCCUGGGUUUCAUUAUACAGUGGUACCUCAGGUUACAUACGCUUCAGGUUACAGACUCCGCUAAUCCAGAAAUAGUACCUCGGGUUAAGAACUUUGCUUCAGGAUGAGAACAGAAAUUGCACAGCGGGCGGCGCGGCAGCAGCAGGAGGUCCCAUUAGCUAAAGUGGUGCUUCAGGUUAAGAACGGACCUCCGGAACAAAUUAAGUAUGUAACCAGAGGUACCACUGUACACAGCCAAGGGAAAACUGAGUGUAGUUGGACAUGCACUGGACUUUAAGAAGGCCAAUUUCAAAAAGCUUAAGGAACUGCUUAAGCUUAAGGAACUGUUAGAAACUUAGAUAUAUAAGCUAAUCACCAAAUAAUGGCACAAAGGAAUGUCUAGUUGCAUUUCUUUUCCUGAAGGGAAUUUGUUGUUGUUAAUUUCACUUCUAUACCACUUUGUAUUUCAAAGAAAAAAUCUCAAAGUGGGUUACAACACAUUAAAGCCAUAAAUAAAGCAAUCCAGAAUAAAACAUCGACAAGGCAUCUCUACAGAUCGGCUGGUUGGCUGGCGCACAGCAGUGUCUUUUGAACACUGAAUGUAAGGUGAAUGAGGAUCUGGACCCUUGGAAUAUGUGCAAUUUUGCAUUCUACUUCCUAACUGGAGCUGGUUUAUUGGCCUCAUUCCAUUAUGCCCGAAGCAUUCAACCUGAACUCCCUGCCUUUGGCAGAGACAUGAUCGUGGCUCAGUGAUGCUACCAGAGUGCUGGCUAUACACCUUACUCUUGAAAUGAGUCAUCCAUUGGAAAGGAAUGGGAUCUUCCAGGACAUUCCUUUCUCGCAAGACAAUAAUCUCUCAUUAAUGAAUCGAAUCACCAGAUGCCAUCCUUUUGUACAUAAAACCAUAAUUUUCAUGCCAUUGAUAGGUAACCCAACCCAGUUUUAAGUUGAGCUGUACUGCCAAAUAAUUGUGCUUAGCAGAAUCCAUUAACAGGGCACAUGAACCGAAACUUGGCUAGUAAUUUAAAAUCAGUGUGAAAUUCAGUCAUGCCAUCUCUGCUGCUUCUUAGUCUUUGUGUCGCUGUCCCUUUGCUUGCCAGGCUCACAGUGCUGCAGUGAUAGCAGAGGUCAUAACUGAUGAAAUGUCUCUGUAUAGGCAAAGCAACCAUAUGCCCCUUGGCUGCUCCUUUUACUCCUGUACCCAGACCCUCCUGUCUCUAACCCUCCUUUUCCAACUCCCAUGUCCCUACCACCCAUUACUUCCUCUGGCCACUGUCUACUUUGUUCCCUCUCUUUUCUUUACCAUGUUUCUAGAUCAGGGGUUCCCAAACUGCAGUCCACAGACCAUUCACACUUCAUUCAGGUGAUCCAUGCCACGAUUUGUGGCUGAAGACAUGAAACGGCACAUCCAUCACAUUAAAUACUCAUAUUGAUUUUAAUUAUAUUUCUCUUGCUUCUUUUGUUUCUUAUAUUUUGUAUUUUAUUGUAUUACAGUUUGAAUUCCAUAAAGUUGUAAUGCACAGUGUGUUACAGUUCCUAAACAACAGGCAGAAAAACCAUUAAGUGGUCCACCCUGACGCUCAGCAGUUUUCAAGUGGACUGUGGGUGGGAAGUUUGGAAACCACUGUUCUAGAUCAUUCUCCCUAGUUUUUCUUCCACCUCCCAAAUAAAAUUCUACUUGUCUUAAGCACUGUGAAAUUCCUCCUGGGAUUUAAUUUCUCCUUGUUGCCCUUUUAUGCCUUAAUUCCCCCUCUCUUACCCUUCAGGUUCUUCCUCCUCCUCCUUGCUUAUUAAAUGUACUAGUCACUUUUUGCCAUGGGAACUCAAAGCGACUUACAACAUUUUAAUCAAAAAACAAAACCAACACAUACAUCUAAAUUGGCAUUUUAAAAAUGCAAUUUUUAAAUGUUUGUUUCCCCACUGUGCACCUUCAUAUAGCUUUCUUUUCCUCGGGGCUCCAUUAGCUUCUCUACCUGCUCUCAGGGCCAUCAAAAUUUUCAACCAUAACCCUGCAAUGUUUUAAUCCCAACUAACCAACACCCUUUUCCUCAUGGAAGGUGGACUGUGAGCUGCUCUGAACUGUCCUAGCCAUUGCACCAAUCAGCCAAUCAUUGUCAAGGUGUCACCAUGAUUAGCAGUUAGCAUCAGUGGAGUCAGCAAGCCAGUUCACGUGACACUGUGAAGAGGGAGUUGUUCCAAGACAAGUAGAGUCCCUUGGUUUUGUGAAGAUUUUUGUUUAUCUUCUGCUUCCUUUUCAUUUUCACUUGAUUGGGGCUUUAAGCUUACGCCCAAAAGGGUGUGUGACUUAUUCCGCACUCCCGUGACCAAUUUAUUGAGAACUUUUAUUUAGUCUUCUUACAGCUCUGGACAUUUAGUUGCCAUCUAACUUUGUGUUGCCAUCUAACUUUGUGUUGGUUUGUUGCCCUUUUCUUCAGGCGAGUCAUUUUGCCUUGUGUCCUUGUAUAUGUACAGAAAAAGCAGAACAUUAAUUUCCUAAUUAUGAGCUUGUCUGUAAGCAGAUAUGAUGCGGGAGUUACGUACUGAGGCACCCAACGUACCAGUGAAAUUGAGUGCAAUUGACCCAUUGAAAAAUCCUGCAAACAUCCCAUUCUACCCCUGCUCUGCUCUGCUCUGCCCUGCCUCGUUCUGACCUCCCCUGCCCCCAUUCUGCCUUUUUAGUGAUGUUUCAGUGAUGUCUUUAUGAUGUUUCUGGGUCACUUCCGGGAUCAGCAUGAUGCGUGUAUACACCAUCGUACACAUACUGAACGCGUGUAACAUUUGGCUACCUGUAUAUAGUGUGAAAGUGGAAUGACUAGUUUUUGGAUUUAAUGUAUUAAUUGUUAUAACAAUUAAAAAUUCACUUUUAUUCAGGCAACGUGUGAAUUGAGACAUUGGAAUCUUGGAUUUAACUUGCGGGCAGCAACCAGCAUGCCCAGAUUUACAAUAAACUUUAAGAGUCUAUAUAACUCCCCAGUUAUUUGACUGUAUUGGGUUUCCUUAAUCACAGGAUAGUUUCAUAAUUAUUUUGUUAAUGCCAACCCUGCUUAGGACUAAAAAGAGAUCUCAAAUUUCUAAUUGCCCUGUGACCAGACCCUUGAGUUUUUCCCAGGUACAAAAAGCAAACCAUCUCCCACACCCUUGAUUAUUCUUCAGUGAAGACAUUGGCAUCCUCAUGCUGUCCUCAGAUAUAUAUAUGCUGCUUUUCUGCUGAUGGGUAAAAGAAUUUGGCCUUGGGCACCUUUUUGUUUCAAGGCAAUGACCUGGCAGCCUCCCUCUGCUGAAUUUUGCAUUCUUUUUUUGCUUCUACAGCAGUGACUCCAGCAGCAGCUCAAGCGACGAGUCUCCGGCCCGUUCAGUUCAAUCCACGGCAGUUCCAGCACCCACCUCCCAGUUGCUUCCAUCUCUGGAAAAAGAUGAGCCCCGCAAAAGUUUUGGGAUUAAGGUUCAGAAUCUUCCAGUGCGCUCCACAGGUAAGAGCUAAAGAGGCAUCAUCCAUAAUUAAUGCUAAACCAAAGCAAUAUUGUGACUGCCCAUAAUAUUCCACUGGAAAACACAAGCCCUGUUUAAUGAUCUUUGAACUGCAUUGGUAGGCUACCGCUGACGCGAAUGCUGGUGGAAAAUAUGUCAUAUUGCAAAUGGGGCAGCAUUAAUUUUGAAAGAGGGUUUUUUUAAGUAGUCUGGUUCAUCAACCUAAGGUGCAUGGAAUUUUCCUACCACAGGUGAAAGAUAUAUAACAGUCAAAGCAGGGCUGUGUAUGUGCCUUUAAAUCAAAAUUCUGUGCACAGUUUUGUCAGUUUUGCACAAAAGAGGACUGAGCAAAUUCGCACAUUUGCACAGUUCUGGUUCCGCUCAUCAUGGAAAAGAGCAAGAAGCAACAGAACAAUACCAGUGGAGGCUGUAUUGAGGUUCCCUUCUGGCCAGGGUGAUUCUGCGAGGCUUCUCCCAAGUGCAGACUACACAUCACUCAAUGCAGGGAAUGGUUCACAGUGAAAAGAGGGUAAUUGGGGAGGAGAGGUGGCAUGUUUGAUUGGGAGAAGGGUGAACCCAAGCAGCUUGUUCUGCAGGGGGCAGUUCUGUGUGUAUGUAACACUAUACAUUUUAGAAUAGAAACUCACAACACGAAAGAGUACAAACUGCAACCUUUGUGCUGCGUUUUCCAAAAAGGCUACAGUGUCUUCUGUAACCAUCAGCAUGAAUCUUCUGCUUUGCUUCUUGGGGUGUAGACACCAGCCUUAAAGAUGGUUUAUUCCACGAGUUCAAGAAGUACGGGAAGGUGACAUCUGUGCAGAUUCACGGAGCCUCUGAAGAGCGAUACGGACUGGUGUUCUUCCGGCAACAGGAGGAUCAGGAGAAAGCGCUCAAUGCUUCCAAAGGGAAACUCUUCUUUGGCAUGCAGAUUGAAGUGACUGCUUGGAUAGGGCCAGGUGAGCACAAGGAGGUUGUUGCUGGCCCUUGAAAAUGGCAGAUAGCCUUGUGCUUGCCCCUCAAAGGAAAAUCCAAAUAGCAACAGUUUGGCCCAACUGAAGCACAACAAAGCCACGAGCUGGUUUUUAAGUUCUCCAGAAUGGAGAAAAUUCAUGAAAAAAGUGAGCUUGCUGUUGCUUUACAUAGGAAAUACUGAAUCCAGGAAACUUGGAGGUGUUGGAAAUUGAACAUGGGCCUUCUGCUUUCAAAGCAGAUGCUCUGCCAGUGAGCUAUGGCUCUUCUUCAAGUUUAGCGAUGCUUAAGUUGGCCCUAACAAAAACAUUAGCCAGCUGGUCAUUUUUGGUGCAUUGGCACCAUCCAUCAGGAACCUCUUCACAAAUCCCAUUGAAGUGGGCGGGAGCUCUUGUUUCAGUUUUCCCUCCAGAUUAGUCUGUUGAAUUUAGUUUCUGCUUACAGAAUAGGAGUUGGUGGACUGCUUUGACCUUUGAUUUGCUUGCAUUACUAGAUCCAUAAUCAUUUGAAAUGGGGUGGGAUGAAGCUCAGCCCUCCUGACAUGGCAGCGUAGAGAGAUUUAGACACUACAGAAUGUUAAAGAGAGAAGACACCACAUAAUGUUAAAAGAACUGUUUUUUAAAUCACCUGCCUCCAGAAACAGAGAGCGAGAAUGAAUUUCGGCCUUUAGAUGAAAGAAUAGAUGAAUUCCACCCCAAGGCAACGAGAACUCUGUUCAUCGGCAAUCUAGAAAAAACCACCACAUAUCAUGACCUUCGCAACAUCUUCCAGCGUUUUGGAGGGAUAGUGGUAUGUACAGUGUGUGUGUGUUUGUAUCAGUUCAUUUGAGAGAGAAGCAUGUUUCAGCUCAUUAAAUAUAAGCUCUGAAGGUCCAUUAAUCUGAUAAGUAUCACUGGAUCUUAUUAAGCCAUGAUAUAGAAAUAAUAAAUUUGGAAGGGGGAAAAGGCAGCUUCCGUAUCCCUGGGUAGCAGUGUCUUAGCAACCUUACAUUGAAAACAACCCUGUUUGCUCUGCUGAAUACUCUGAGCCCUACAUGUGUCAGAGACUGCCUCCUUUGCUGUGCUCCCUUGCAAGAAGAGGUGGCACUUGAGGCAGAUGGUUAGAGGGCUUGCCUGGCCCUUCCCACCUACAAGGGCCCAAGGAGGAAGAGCACUGGGGGCAGCUGUGCAGCCCUGGGACUUCCCUUCCUGAAGGGCGCAGCUCUUCUCGCUUUGUCUUGAAGAGGUGGAGCCUUUUCACUUGCUUACUAGGCAUUUGCUAAACUCAUGUCCAUGGCUGAACAAUGCAAGUCUGGUUCAGCAGAAACUGCUUCCGCUUCUGUGUGUUUGGCAUUGGGGAAGGAGAGUGUGUUAGCAAGCAGGACCGAGAGCUGCCUGGGUUGAGUGUUGCCAGGCCUUUUAAUCUCCCACCUGCAUGCCCUGAAAAGCACUGCAUGCAAACUCAGGAGACAUCCACGAGAAAAAAGACUGUCAUUUGCUCACACAGACCGUGGCAGUGGGGUAUGUUGCAGAUCCACUGUUGUGUGGAUGCCUCAUCAUUAAUGGAAAAGUGACCCCUAGGGGUGUAGCUGUUUGUUUUUGCUUUAAUUGCUUGCUCACGGCAAGUCAGUCACCCUAAGUUGGAAGCUCCUAUGCUGCUAUGUCACUAGAACAAAGACUGGCUGGUGUUAGAGAAGUCCCCUCUUUGGGCAAGUCUUUGCUUCCUCACCUUUGUUUGGAGCCAAAGGCUUCUGGGAAUGGAAGUCUUCUCUGGAUCUUUUGCUCUUGUCCCUGGACUUGUUGAAGGUGCUGGAGUCUCCUUCCUUGCCUGAAUCUCCUAACACACUGCUCACAAAGGCAGAAGUGAGUGUUGUUUUGCAAAAAUAGAAAGUGUCCAGCUUCUAUUUCUAGCUUGGGAGGAUGACUCGUCCUACUCAGAGAACAUUGUGCCUGCCUCGGCUCCUAGUCAUCAGAGUGAAGGCUGGCCAAAAUGUUGUUUAUCCUUCUGCCUGCCUAAGCCCAUUAAAUCCCCAGGUAGAUAAUUUUCUCUAGCACAGGCUUUAAAUAUUUCCAGAGUAUCUUAGUCACUACUUAGAUUUCAGCUGUUGCUAAAGAUAUAUAUAUAUAUAAAAAAAACAAAAGCCAGCAUUCAAAUAAUUAAUCAGCAUCACAAUGUUGUUGCAUUGUUGCUGUUGUUCAUCUGGAUUUUACUGUGUGCGUCAUCUUGGUUUAGAAUGAGCUGCAAGAUGAGGAAGGGAGGGAAGAGUGGAUUGUUGUGGUUUUCCAUGAGCAGUAUUUUUAAGAGCAUAAAAAUAGGACAGGAACACUGAAUGGUUUGGGGGUAUUGUCAUUUAGAAAAAGAAGCUGAGGAGGGGAAACUGCUUCUGUCACUUGUGUCCACACACCAACCUGACCUUGCUGGUUUAGGAAGCAAAAGAGAAUCCACAGAUGUGAGUGGAUACUUGACCUAGGACCACCAGUUGCAGACUCCCACUUAUGUUGCUGAGCUUUAGCGGGAUGUGUGUGUUUUUGACUGGCCAACAACUGCUUUAAACUGGGGUCCAGCUGCAUCCCUGAAGGCUAACCUGCAAAACUAUGAGCCUGCUUCCUCCUUAGCAGGGCGUUCUCUUUGACCAGCAGUCCUCUUGGUGCCCUGUGGCCUAGUCUGUCUCUCAGUGUGAACUGCUUUCCUUCCCCACCAGGAUAUUGACAUCAAGAAAGUGAAUGGGGUUCCCCAGUAUGCAUUCCUGCAGUACUGUGAUAUUGCAAGUGUGUGUAAAGCGAUCAAGAAGAUGGAUGGGGAAUAUCUCGGAAAUAAUCGGCUCAAGGUAAAUUUUCUCCUAGAAGUGCUGCUCUUUGAGGGGUUUUUUUGUUUCCAGAGAUUUUAAGUGAUUCUUGUCAGCUUGAGCCGUGAAGCAAGGAUAAGAUGCCCUGUGUCCCUCUUAGGGCCUUUCUGUUUGCUUGUAGAUGAGAUUGGAUUGUUUCUGGGAUUUUUCAGUCCCUCCAGAUGGCACGAAUGGGCAAAGUUGUUUGACCAUCUUGGUGCAGAACCUGGAAACCGAAUGGGCGUGGAGGUGGCAUUUGUUUUCUUGCCCAUUCACAGUUUUCUCUCCAGCUCCUUGUCCUGUACAGACUGCAAGUUGCACUUGAUUCACUUGCCAUAGGAAGGGGCCACACUUUGUGUCCAUUUAAGCUUCUGGAAUUUAUGUUAAUUAAAACUGGCUUUAAAAAAACCCAAAACUGGCUUAGUACUUGCUCGCACCUGCUCUACGGAUCUUAGUUUAGAAUUAGGCCUGCUCUUGUUAAAUGAGCUUAAUUGUGAAUUCUUUGACUGACUGGAAGUUUUGCCCUUUUGUGUCCAGCUGGGCUUUGGGAAGAGCAUGCCCACCAACUGCAUGUGGUUGGAUGGUCUUUCGACAAACGUGACGGAUCAGUAUUUAACGCGACAUUUCUGCCGCUAUGGUCCUGUGGUGAAGGUAGGUGGGAGGCUUUCUGCAGCACGAAGAGGUCUCCUCUCUUCCUUCCUCAAUAAACCUGCUCUUUUCUGACCCCACAUUCAAGCUCCGUCCUGAAGACCUGCUUCUGUCUCUAUAUUUCUCUCUCUCUCCGGGCUGAGCCUAUCCUUCCGAGAGGUCCAAAGCUCUCGCCACCUUUUUUCCAGUUGGGGAAAUGGCAUGUUAAGGCAAGCCAAACGUGUGCAGAGAGUGCUUGGUGUGUCUGCCCACCUUCUCUUCCUCCCCUGCCCCCCCCCUUUGCAAAACUGUGACUCCCCCUAGAAUUUUGGGUGCAUGGCCCACUUCAGUGACAGGGCUCAGAUUAGUCCCAUUAGAUCCAGAAGUUGUCUUAUGGCUCCCAUUCUAAAUGCAGAGGCAACUGACUUCUCCUGCCUCCCCCCAAUGCCUUUAAUCUCCCCUCUUCCCCCUUGCAGGUAUCUCAGGUACAUGCACUGAGCUGCCUUUUAAUCUCUGGAGCAGAGGUUGAUCUUAAAGUCAUGUAGCACCUCUGCAUGAAUGAAUCAUGCAGGGAGGUUGGACAAGCUUGAGCCAGGAAUGCCUCCUGUAUAAUCUCUGCAGGGAGUGGGUGGGAUUUUGAACUCUUGGCAUUACUUCCACAGAGCCUGCUGGUGCCUUGUGUCUCGAGCAGCACACGUUUAUCUCCUUAGUGAAACUGUGGUUUCUUACACUUGUUUUUGUUCUGUUUUUUUAAACAGAAUUUGUACUCUCUGGGCAUAAAAUUUGCAACUGCAGGGAAAUAAGUAAAAUACAGAAAAACAAAAUAAAGGCCUACCAAUGCCUCAAGCCACAUGAUUCUCAACCUAGAGCAGUCCCUUUCGCCCCUUUUUAUUGUCUCUCUUACAAGAUGCCUUGUUGCGGGGAAGGCUGAAAACGCCUCUAAAUUUGGUGUUGUAACCGUAUCUAUUCUCCCUGCCCCUAGUUGCAUUUGUUUGCUGGGACUGACGUUUCUGUCCUGUGGAUGAGGCUCUUAUUUUGGUUUUGUUUUGUUUUUUUGUUCUUACAGGUGGUGUUUGACCGCUUAAAAGGCAUGGCUCUCGUUAUCUACAAUGAAAUUGAAUAUGCACAAGCUGCUGUAAAAGAGACCAAGGGGAGGAAAAUCGGUGGGAAUAAAAUUAAGGUCUGCAAAAUUAAGUUCCUAAAGAUUAGUAGUAAUGAUAAUAAACAAUAGUAAAUAAUAGGCCAGGCAGGGGAAUUGCUUAAUGACACAGAAUGCUUUGCCAAAGUUUUUCUAAGAUUGAUUAUUGUCACCCCCUCUGCCGAGUGGAGCUGUGCGGGCAUCUCCAACUGCUGCUUGUAGCCUUUCCCUUCCUGUCAUUUGCUUUGCUCAGUUCUUCUCCUUUCCUAAGUUCUUUGGCUGCUGGACCUUGUGCCGCUAACAUCUCUGCAGCUGUAGAAUUUCCUUGGCCCUCUUGGCUCACUGCGUCCUUCCCAAGGAGAGAUCACCUUGAGCGCAGGAGUCUUGCUUGUUUGUGUACAUGGAUGUGCCAGGUGCGUUGACCACCUGGCCUGUGCCAUUUGGGGCAUAGUAAAGGCAUGUGCUGUGUCCCAUGGUGCUUUUUCCAAGAUGGAGAUAAGCUCUACGUCAGAGGAAAGAUGUGGUUCUUGUGGUGCAUUGGGCACUGUCCAGGACGGCCUUUGAAAUGUCGUCUCCUCUUGUCUUGCUUGGUUAUCUGCUUCCAAAUAAGACCUCCUACCUUGUGUCAGGCGUGUGAGUGGGUGCUUGCGCACACUCAGUAGGAUAGCCCUCCCCAACCUAGUGCCCUCCCAGUGCUUGGACCACAACUCACAUCAGCCCCAGCCAGCAGGAAGGCACCAUAUAUAUUUUUUUGGGGGGGGGAGGUAGGCGGGGCAGGGGACUGCACUAAGAGGUGAACACCUUAAAGGUGCAUUGUAAAGGAUGAAUUUAACAUUGAGCCUCCUGUGUGCUAGUUCUAUAGCUUGUGUGGCUUCAGUGAGUUUGAUGUCUGCCUGCCCUGUUGCUGUGGAUUAUUACAGAAUGUCUUCCGGUGCAUCAGUCUUAAACCUUUUAAUUACUGGCCUUUGAUUAAAAUUAGCCGUUUGGGUUUUUUGACAUUGUAACAGGUGUUUGAGGAUUGUUUAUUCAACUUCCUGAGAGAGGGAUUUAUUGAAUCUAAUUUAUAGAGUUGGAAGGGACCCCUGCAAUGCAGGAACCUCAGCUAAAGCAUCCAUGACAGAUGGCCACCCAACCUCUGCUUAAAAACCCCCAAGGGAGGAGGCUGUUCCACUGUUCAACAGCUCUUACUGUCAGAUCUCAAUCUCUUUUUUGUGUGACUUGAAGCCAUCGGUAGGAGUCCUACCUUCCAGAGCAGGAAAAAACAAGCUUCCAUUUGACAACGAUUUAGAUAUUUGAAGAUUGCUAUCAUAUCUCCUCUCAGUCUCCUCUUUUCCAUGCUAAACAUACCUAGCUCCUUCAACCGUCUCUCAUAUAAGGCUUGGCUUCUAGACCCUUGAUCAUCCUUGUUGCCCUCCUCUGCACACGUUCCAGCUUGUCAACAUUCUUCUUAAAUUGUGGCACCCAGAACUGGACACAGUAUUCCAGAACUGGACACAGUAUUCCAGGGUUGGUCUGACCAAGGCAGAAUAGAGUGGUACUAUUACUUCCCUGUGACGCAGGUGGUGCUGUGGUCUAAACCACUGAGCCUCUUGGGUUUGCUGAUCAGAAGGUCAGCAGUUCGAAUCCCUGCGAUAGGGUGAGCUCCAGUUGCUCGGUCCCUGCUCCUGCCAACCUAGCAGUUCGAAAGCAUGGCAAAAAGUGCAAUUAGAUAAAUAGGUACCGCUCCGGAGGGAAGGUAAACGGCGUUUCUGUGCGCUGCUCUGGUUUCGCCGAGAAGCGGAUUAGUCAUGCUGGCCACAUGACCCGGAAAAACUGAGCGCCACAACCCCAGAGUCAUUCGCGAGUGGACUUAAUUGUCAGGGGUCCUUUACCUUUUUAUUACUUCCCUUGAUCUAAACACAUCUGUUGAUGCAGCCUUUUUUGCUGCUCUAUCAUACUGUUGCCUCAUGUUAAGCUUGUGGUCCACCAAGAUCCCUAGAUCCUUUUCACAUGUACUGCUAGUCACUCAGGUGUCCCCCAUCCUAUAUUUGUGCAUCUGGUUCUUCUGUCUAAUUGCAGAACCUUACAUUUAUCCCUAUUGAAAUUCUUUUUGUUAGCUUGCACCCAGUUCUCCAAUCUGUCAUUUUGAAUUUUGAUUCUGUCUUCUGUGGGAUUAGCUACUGCUCCCAGUUUUCUGUCAUCUGCGAAUUUGAUGAGCAUCGCCUCAAUUCCUUCAUCCAAGUCGUUUAUAAAGACGUUGAACAACAGGCCCAGGAGAGAACCCUGCGGCACCCCACUUGUCACUUUUCCCCAGGAUGACUAGAAACCAAAAAUGAGUACUCUUUGGGUUCAGUCAGUCAACCAGCUACAAAUCCACCUUGUUCAACCCACAUUCUACCAGCUUCCUCGCAAGAAUAUUGUGUGUGUGUGGGGGGGGGGGUUAGUCAAAAGCCUUACUGAAAUCAAGAUACACUAUGUCCACAGCAUUUCUCUGAUCCACCAAGUUUGUAAUUCCAUCAAAAAAAGAAAUCAGGUUGUUCUGGCAUGACAUAUUUUUGAGAAACCCAUGCUAGGCCUUAGUAAUCACAGCAUCCUUUUCUAAAUGACCGACUGUUGAAUUAUCUGUCCUAGGACCUUCCCUGGUAUUGAUGUCAAGUUCACCAGUUGGUAGUUACCCGGGUCUUCCUUUCCCCCCUUUCUAAGGAAGGAGACAACAUUUGCCCACCUCCAGUCUGUAGGGACCUCGACCUGUUCUCCAAGAUUUCUCAAAGAUCAUAGACAAAGGCUCUGAAAUUACAUCCACAACCUCCUUUAGUACCCUUGGAUGCAGCUCAUCAGGCCCUGGAGAUUUGAAUUCAUUUAAAGUAACUAGGUGUUCCCUAAUACCUCUUUUCCUAUCUUGGGACGCAGCUCCCUCCUUACAUCAUUUAUUCUGUUAUCACCAGGUUCGGCAUCACUUUCCUUUUGGGUGACAACAGAGGCAAAGUAGGUGUUGAGUUGUUCCACCUUUUCUCUUGUCUUCUCCAAGGAGAGGAUCCGCCACUUCCGUGUUCUUCUUACUUUGGACAUAGCCAAAUAAACCUUUUUAAUUAUUUCUAACCUCCCUUGCAAGCCUGUUCAUUCUGAGCUUUAGCCAGCCUGACUUUCCCCCUGCAACUGUUGGAAUCACACCCAGUAGUUCCUUAAGCUUUUUGAAAAUUGGCCUUUUUAAAAUCCAGAGUGUGUGUCCGACUACACAGUUUCCCCUUGCCUCUGUAUCAUGAAAGCCAGAAGAACAUGAUCACUUUCUCCCAAGUUUCUUUGUACUUCCACUUUGUCGAUCAGUUCCUCUUGAUGAUCCCCUUGAUGCUUCUUCCACCUUCUGGGAAAUUAAAUUGUCGGAGAGGCAAUGGAGGAAUUUGUUGGACCUUGCAUUCUUGGCAGAGUUAGAGUCCCAACAGAUAUCAUGGAAAUUGAAGUUCCUCUCUUCCUCUUCAGUCUAUUCCUUUUGAACAGGUUAUACCCUACAAUUCCUACAUUCCAGUCAUGAGUCUCAAGCCACCAGUUUUCAGUAAUGCCUACCAGGUCAUAUUUGCUAUCCUGUGCUAAAAGCUCCAAUUCAUCUUGCUUGUUUCCCAUACUCUGUGCAUUUGGGGAUUUAGUAUCUGUGGAUUUAGUAUUCUGGGUUUGGCUUGCUGUGUAAGAUUGACCAGAGGCAUUUUAAUUGUGGUUCUUGGGAAAAGCAACAGUAACAGCAAGAACAAGAACAACGUCUCACUAGUUAUACAUGCAUUCAUAAUUAGUUCGUGAUCCUUUUGACUAAAAUCACUCUCAUAUUAACAUGUUGAAGGUUAUCAGUGGCUAAAUGCACCCUGUCUUCCCCAACUUCCUUAUGAUAUUCUCAGAUGUAUCUGGCCAUUGCUGAAUUGGCCUAGCAUGGUUGCUGUUCUUUUUUCAUAAUGUGUAUGGCAUUAUGAUACUUCCAUACCCACAUCUAAGCUGUGAAGUACCAUAUUCUAUUAAAACUAGCUUCUACAUUAAAACCCACCAGCAAGCAAAGUUCUCCUCAUCUGAUGGUUUAAUGGGGCGGGGGGCACUUUUAAUCAUGUCUUAAUUUCCCUGUGUCUUAAAUGCAGAUGAUGAACCUUUUUUCAUAAUUGGGUGUUAUUGUGAGUAAUGGGCCUUAAAAAAUUCUUGUUUUUCAGGUGGAUUUUGCAAACCGUGAAAGCCAGUUGUCAUUCUAUCAAUCUAUGGAGAAAACGGGUCAAGAUAUCAGAGACUUCUAUGAAAUGCUGGCAGAAAGAAGGCAAGUGCCUCUGAUGUCUUUACAGCAGCCCAAAAUGGGUCUCUGGAGGUUGGGAGGAUCUACCCAGCAAUUCAUAAAUCACGUUUUUUGGCAUUUUUCCUGCCGUCAUUUUAAUUCUUGUUGGCUUUUUUAUUUUUACAAUGGAUAUCCAAAAUACCAUUGUGAGUUGGGGAAGGGGUUAGCAGCCAGUAGCAAUCCUGUUUAAAUGAUUGCAGCUCAUAACCAAGGCUUGUAAACAGGGGGACAUUUUGAGGGAGAGGCCCAGAGUGCUGUCUCACGGUGUACAUUGGACCAAGAGACAUAGAUGGUGAGGGAGCUGCUGUAGUGGCCUGCAACACCUGCGCCAUGUUGGCCUUCCUUCCUGAGAAAGUGCAGAAUUGCACCUGCAACAGAUAUCGCCCAGCCCUGCCAGACACAUUCCAUAUAUAGCAAGGGACUACGAGAUUCUGGGCUGGAAGCUGAAGGGCCUUAGAGCAGAAGUGUUUUUUUCCAUCACUCAUUCCUGCUGAAGGUCAUGGCUUAGGAAAAGCCUCUGAAGCCUCUCUUAGCAGUGGGACGUGGGGUGGUGACUAUUGAACUAAAGGAUCAGCUGCCUGCUUAGAAAAUAGCUGUUCUUUUUGUCUUUUGAUUGAACCUGUAGCUACAGUAGUCGAGCUGUAUAUGGUGGUCUUGAUCUGGGGAGAAGCUGACUUUUUUAUGUUCCUGGGUUUGGCAGGGAUGAAAGGAGAGGAUCUUACGACUAUGCUGCUGACCGUACCUACUAUGAGGCUGUUCGCACCCCAGGAACAUAUCCAGAAGAUCCUCGGAGAGAAUAUCCAGCCCGUAGCAGGGAGUUUUAUGCUGACUGGGAUCCUUACCAAGCAGAGUAUUACGACCCACGGUAUUACGACGACCCACGGGAAUACAGAGAUUACAGGGGUGACCCUUACGAGCAAGACAUAAGAGAGUAUAGUUACAGGCAACGGGAGCGGGAGCGAUUUGAAUCAGACCGGGACCGGGACCAUGAAAGGAGGCCCAUUGAAAGGAGCCAAAGCCCAGCUCACUCCCGACGGCCCCAAAGCCCUGGAGCAUCUCCGUCCCAAUCAGAGAGGCUGCAGAGCGAUUCUGAGCGGAGGAUCUACAGCCGGUCCUCGGAGCGGAGCGGCAGCUGCAGCUCCCUCUCCCCACCCCGCUAUGACAAGCUGGACAAAGCCCGCCUCGAGCGCUACACAAAAAGCGAGAAGCCCGAAAAAGAGCGGGCCUUUGAGCAAGAGAGAACGGACAAAGACAAGCGCCUGGUAAGGAAGGAGAAACCAGAAAAACUUGAAAAGGAUAAAGCGGAGAAGCAGAAACGGAGGGCCAAAAAUCAUUCUCCCAGCUCUCAGUCGUCGGAAACAGACCCAGAAACCGAACGGGAGCCCACCCCUGAGAAGGUCAAAGGCAAAGGGAGUCGGGAGAGAGCAGAUAAAGAAGGAGCUGCGAAGAACCGCCUGGAGCUGAUGCCAUGUGUCGUGUUAACACGAGUCAAGGAAAAGGAAGGGAAAGUAAUCGAACAGCCUGCUUUGGAAAAGCUGCGUGGGAAGCAAGAAAACGACAUGCUCAAGUCUCCUUUGCUUGAACAAAAAAUGCAGAUUUCUCAGGCAGACCAAACCAAGUCAGAGCAGCUGAAACUUGAACCCGCCCGAGUGAAAGUGCCAAAAGAGAAGGUGCUUGCCAGUCACAUCGAAGUGGUUGAGAAGGAUGCAAAACUGAAGCCUAGGAAGCACCUGAAGGCAGAGCUGCCUAGUGAAGUGACUAACCCAGUAGAUCUAGAAAAGCUGGAAGCUCGCAAAAGACGCUUUGCGGAUGCAAACCUCAAGCCAGAUAAGCAAAAAAUGGACUUUAAAAGGAGUAGUCAGGAGGAGGAGGAAGCGCGUGUGGUUUUGAAAAAGCAGAUUGAGUUAACAAGUAGUGAAUCUGAGAGAAAGCCCUUGAGGAAAGAGACUCUUAAAAGGGAAUCCAAGAAAACCAAGCUGGAAAGGCUUGCCUCAGUGACCAGCCCCAAAGAAGCUCAAGAGCCAGCCAGUAUUUCUCUGGGGAUUGGUUUACGGCCCAGUUUAGAGCUGCAGGCUAGGCUGGGGGAGCUACUUGAGGAACCUGGGGAAGCCCCUGAGAUCCCUGUAAGGAAGGUCAACUCCAUCAAAUUGCAGCACAAGCAUACACAGCUGUUAGAUGACCAAGGAACUGAGCGAGAGGACACAUGGAAAACCUACUGCAGUCUUCCCGAAGAAGUGCCCGACCACAAGCUAGCUCAAGAGAAGCCUCCAUCAUCCGAUAUCGAGGAGAAGAUUCCCAUUGACAUUGAUCACACACAGAGUUAUCGGAAGCAAAUGGAGCUGAGUCGCAGGUUGAAGCAGCAAAUGGAAAUGGAAAUUGCAAAGCACGAGAAGUUUGGCAGCCCAAAGAAAGAUCUUGAUGAGUAUGAGAGGCGUAGCCUGGUGCAUGAAGUGGGGAAACCCCCGCAAGAUGUGACAGACGACUCUCCUCCCAGCAAGCGGAAGAAAUCCUCUGACGCUUUCGACUUUGAAAUUAGCACAAAGAGAGAGAGAAACUACAGAAGCUCUCGGCAGGUGAGCGAGGACUCCGAAAGGACGGCCUGUUCCCCUAGCCUCAGGCCCUUCCCUUUCCAUGAGGAUGAGGAGAUGCUGGAGUCCCCGAGGCUGGUGCCUGUGAAAGAAACCAAAGAGUCACCUAAAAUGGAUGAAAAGGGUCCUCCAUAUUCUAAUGUGGCUGUAAGGGAGGAUUCUUUGAAAUUUAACCCCUACGACUCCAGUCGAAGAGAGCAGAUGGUAGAAAUGGCUAAAAUAAAAUUAUCUUCUGUGAGUUGUGAGGAGGAAUUGAACCGAUGGGAGUCCCAAGUGAAGCAAGAGCCUGGGAGGGUGGACAUCACCUUCCCAAGCAGCAUUGUCAAGAGAGAUGGCAUAAGGAAGCGGUCAAUACGGGAUCUGGAGCCAGGAGAGGUGCCUUCGGACUCUGACGAUGACGGCGAUAAUAAAGCCCAUUCUCCAAAAACCCCUUCGUUGCUGGAGAGCUCCAGGUUGUCUUUUUUAUUACGGGACAGGGAAGAGAAACUUCGUGAUCGAGAGGAGAGGCUGCCAACCUCUUCGGAAAGGCACAAGUUUUAUUCCUUUGCAUUGGACAAGACAAUCACUCCCGACACAAAGGCCUUGCUUGAGAGAGCCAAAUCUCUCUCAUCCUCCAGAGAAGAGAACUGGUCUUUCCUUGAUUGGGACUCGAGAUUUGCUAAUUUUAGGAACAAUAAGGACAAAGAGAAAGUGGAUUCUGCUCCAAGGCCUAUCCCCUCGUGGUAUAUGAAAAAGAAGAAAAUCCGAACCGAUUCUGAAGGGAAGCUGGAUGAUAAGAAGGAAGACCACAAGGAGGAUGAGCAAGAGAGGCAGGAGCUCUUUGCCUCGCGCUUCCUGCACAGCUCCAUCUUUGAGCAGGACUCGAAGCGCCUGCAACACUUGGAAAGGAAAGACGAAGACCUUGAUUUCCUCUCUGGUAGAUUGUACGGCCGGCAGGCAUCCCUGGAUGGGAACAUUGGCAUGUCAGACUUUGUGCCAGAGCCAGUGGUUCUCUUCCACAGCAGGUUUGUGGAGCUCACAAGAAUGCAACAAAAAGAAAAGGAGAAAGACCAGAAGCCCAAAGAAGCAGAAAAGCAGGAGGAGAAGGAGAGUCAGCCCAAAAGCCCAGAAGCAGCAGCGCCUGAGGAAAAAGUGGCAGAGCAUAAGCAUCUGCUUUCAGUUGGGCCAUUUCCAGCUGCUCUUGUACUCCAAGAACCAGGGCCAGCCAUGCCGGAAAAGGUCACGAACGAGAAGUUGCCGGUCAUUGUGCCCUCUUUGAGAGAAGAGAAGCCUCUGCCUGAACUUGGUCCUGUGGCUGAAGAACCAAAGCCUCUUCCAGAACUCCUUGCUGCUGUCAAAACUGAACCACCUGAGCAUACGGAAGCACUGCCAGGAAUAGACAGCAACAAGGACCCUGCUCUUUCUGCAGCAACUCCUCCUGAGGAAGACUCGGUAUCCCUAGUGCACCCUUCCUAUUUGGACACAAAGCCACCCACGCCCGGAUCUUCCUUCUCUCAAGCGGACAUCUGCACAGAUCCAGAACCUGAAAUAAUCCCACCACCACCACCACCACUCAAACCAGCAGCAAGGUCCGAGGAACUGCCUGAGCUGAAAGAAGAAAAUGUUUCACCAUCUCUGAACUCUGAGGCUGGUGCAGGGCAGAAAGCAGAGCCAGCUGUGGAGGUCCUGCCUCCAGUCUCCGACACCGAGAUGGAAGCCGAGCCGCUUGUUGUCAUCAAAGACAAGAAGCCGAACAAGAAUAAACGUUCCAAAAACCCUGUCCAGACUUCGGUUGCAAACGUUGCAGAGAAGCCUGUCACAAGGAAGAGUGAAAGGAUUGACCGCGAGAAACUUAAAAGGUCGGGCUCUCCCCGCGGGGAAGCACUGAAGGUGGAAACAGAGAAGGUUUCGAGGAACGCUGCUAAAUCUCCAAGUGCUGCACCAGAGCCGGAAAACCCAGAGCCUAGCUUGCCAGUGGGCAGGACAAGGCGCAGGAAUGUGCGGUCAGUUUAUGCCACCACAGGGGACCACGAAGGCCCAUCGCCUAUGAAGGAUACUCUGGAGGUCACCAGAUCUACCAGGAAAAGAGUUGAACGGGAGCCACCAGACUCUGCCUUGACUCCAACCCCUCCAAGAAGAGGCAGGCCUCCCAAAUCUCGUCGCAAGCCUGAGGAGGAAGUCUCUCCCGUGAAGGUUGAACCAGCUCACCCAGAGGUAGAAGAAGCAGAAUCAAAAGAGAUGGUGGAAGUCCCGAAACCCGUGGAAGGGUGGAGGUCGCCUCGAUCCCAGAAGCUGGCACACAGCCAAUCUCCAGCAGCCAGCACUCCUCAAGCCAAGAAAGGGGGGAAGAACGAGUCGAAGGCUGAGAAUUUGGUGGAGCCAGAAGAGCCCCCUGACCUCUCUGGCCAAGGCUCGAAUGGAAGUGAAAACGGUAACAAACCCAAGGUGGAGAAAGAGCCUCUUCUGAGUGACCAGAAGCGAGAGAGGAAAGAAGUCGAGCUGGAGAAAAAUGUCCCCGAAGCCUGCACCAUUGAGAUUGUGGAAAGAAAGCCUGUCUCUGAGAGAACUCCAAAGUCCAAACGUGGAAGAUCCAGGAACGUCAAGGCCGUCGAUAAAGCCUCCUUGAUGAAGAGCUUGAAAAGCGUUGAAAUCCGGCUUAAUGUGGAUGAAGUCAAAGGUGCUUUGCGGCCCAGCGAAGAGGACACGGAGCCUGUGCCGGCAUCGUCCCCCAAGAACAAAAGUCCCCGGAAGGAAGACAAAUUGUCACCCCAUUUCAUAAAGACAGAGGCAGAAGACCCCUUCCAGGAAGCAGAGAAAGAUCUGGCUUGUGAGUCAACACAGUCUCCUGAAGCAGACCAGCUGGCCAAGCAGAUCGAACUGGAGCAGGCUGUGGAGAAUAUUGCAAAGCUCACUGAAAGCCAGACGAUUGCAGCCUACAAGGAACAGGCGGCUGAAGUGUCAGACGUUCGCCCGGAGGAAGACGGGGACAAGCCUGCUCAUCAGGCCAGCGAAACAGAACUCGCGGCUGCCAUUGGCUCCAUCAUCUAUGACAUCUCUGGAGAGGCCGAAAGUUUCCCUGCUCCGCCAACGUAUCCUACCGAAUCUGAAUCGGAAAUGCCCGCAGAACCGUUGGUGCUGCCACCCGCACGAGAAGAGAUGGAGCCUGAAACUGAUCAAGCCGUGAGCAAUAUCUUGGAGUCAGAAGCCACUUCAGUUGAGCCGCCUGCCCCACCAGGCCCUGGCACUACCCCAGAGGCAGACUCUGCCAAAGAGGCGGAGGUGAGUGUGAGCGAAUCCUCCAAUUCGGCACAAGAAGCAGAAACCUUGCAAGAGGCUGACAUGGCUCGGAAGGAACGGGGCCGCCAGAAAACCACCCGGCCGAGGCGCAAGCGGAGCACAAGCAAGAAAGGGGAUACAGCAGCAGAACCGAGGACUGUUGAGCCCGAACGAGUACAAAGCAAAUCUCCAGUGGCCAACGAGGUUAAAGGGAAGUCAGAAGGAGCCUCGAAAGAAGAGAGUCAAGAGAAAAGCUCUCCUCUGGCUUCCCAGCCAGGUCCCCCUGAUGCCAGCAAGGCUGCACCCCUGGAGGGGGCUUCUCCAGAACCUCCUGUGGCAGACAGCACCCCCCUGCCCAAAGCAGUGGACCUGCUCUCUCCGUCGGUUCCUGUUGAAGAGGUGAGCCAGAGCGCCUUCAAACUACAGCCGGGGGCUGACAGUGCUCCAGUGACUCCUCCACCAGGCACCCCCAAUACACCUCUGCCAGCAGCAGCCCCAUCUUCAGCUGCAGCAAAGCCUGUCUCCGCUGGGUCUGCCCCCCUUCACUCCAGCACAGCAAAGGUGACUGAGUGGAUUGUGAAGCAUGAGGAGGCCCGGGCCCGUUCCACCCCACCGCCGGCUCUCCCCCCUGACACAAAGGCAUCGGAUAUAGACACAAAUUCCAGCACUCUGAGGAAAAUAUUGAUGGAGCCCAAGUACGUCUCUGCAACCAGCGUGGCAUCAACAACGCAUGUCACGACUGCCAUAGCCGAGCCUGUGAGUUCACCUCGUUUGGUAGAGGAAGAUCCUCCACACCCUCUGGCAGAGGUUGUCCGGCCUGGAUCAGAAGACAAGCCAGCUGUCCCAGCCAUGAAUGCUUUGGAGCCGCCAGCUGCAGAGGCCCCCGUUUUCACCGAGAAAGAGAAGGUCAUCACUGUCAUUGCUCCCAAGGCCACUUCUGUGAUAAGCAGGAUGCCCCACAGCAUUGACCUCGAGGAAACCCCACGGAUAACUCUGGUGAAGCAAGCGCCCCAGACGUGCCUAGUCAACGCCCUCUCGCCAAAAUACAAGCAGAGGCCAAGUACCAAUGACAACAGCCGGUUCCAUCCGGGAUCCAUGUCCGUCAUUGAAGAUCGGCCGGUGGAGACAGGGUCCAGCCCCGGUCUUCGCGUCAACACAUCAGAAGGCAUCGUGCUCCUGAGCUAUUCCCAGCAGAAGACAGAAGGCCAGCAGCGGAUCACAGCCAAGAUCAGCCAGAUCCCCCCAGCAAGUGCAGUUGACAUUGAAUUCCAGCAGUCGGUGUCCAAGUCCCAGAUCAAGCAAGAGCCUCUUGGCCCCUCUCAGCCAAUCCCAAAGGGCUCUCAGACACCAACGGGGUACGGGAGUGUCUCAGCCCCAUCGUCCCUUGUGCUGGGAGCUCAGCAGUACAGCCCUUCCCCUGUACUUUCCUCCAUUAAGCAGGAACGGGGCAGCCUGGAAAAAUCGGAGCCCCUGCACCUCUCUGUCCAGGCGCCCACUUCUCAGUCGGGGCCAGUCAAAGUCCUUUCCCAGUCUGCCAACACUCCAUCCAUCCUCGUCCACAACCAAAUGGUGCUCCCACAGAGCAUUGCUUCUUCCACCAACAAAAAGCUUCCAGACCCAGGUGCCCUGAAAGUGGAGACCAAGACUCUUCAGCCGUCGAGCUUGAGCCCCGGGGUUGGGCCUCAUCACCCCUCCUUGUCUAGCAAGAUUCACCCAGAGGCCAAUCAUGUGAGUGCAGGGCCCAGCACCCCAGCAGAGCGGGUGGUGUCUCACUUGGGGGUCACAAAGCAGGAGCCCCUCUCUCCACGGACAAGCGGGCACUCUCCGUCUCCCUUCCCAAGGGCUUGUCAUCCGGGCGGCCCUUCUUCCCCAGCCCUGUCUGGGAACAACUCCAUGCUAGGGAUCCAGGGGUCUCCUUGCCCUGGGAUCCCGGUGCCUCAGUACAUCUCCAGCAUGCAUCCCGAGCAGUCUGUGAUCAUGCCCCCACACAGCGUCACCCAGACGGUCUCCCUGGGGCACCUCUCGCAAGGGGAGGUCAGGAUGAACACCCCUCCUCUGCCGGGCAUGCCUUACAGCAUCCGUCCUGAAGCGCUUCACUCCCCAAGGGCGGCUCUGCAGCCGCAGCGGUCAAGCACGCCGCAGCCAGCCCCCAUCCGAGAGAUCGUCAUGCCACCUCUGUCUUCCCAGCAUUCCUCGGAAGAGGAGAUGCACUACCACCACACGGUGUGCCGCGGGUCCGCCCCCGUGCAGUCGGACGUGCUCGUCAUGCAGCCAGACUACCGCUUGCACCCCUCCGGCAUUCGGCUCGACCAGUACAACGUGCCCCGGGACGUGCGGAUGAUGAUGCACCCGCACAUGGCUGCAGUGGGGGGCGACCACCACCCAGAGACCCGGCAGUCCCGCACGCCAGAAGGGAGGUCUGUGAAGACGCCCCCCGCCACAAAGACUCUCCCGUCAGGCAAAGAGGCACCCAAGGCCUCGGAAGUCAAGAUGGCUCACUCCCCCCACAGUGAGCCCCGCCUCCUCAGCGGCCAGCUGCCAGGACUGCCUCUGACGCAACCAGUUGUCGUCCCUCACGGCGUGCAGAUCAUGCACCCGGCGGGCACCUCCUUCCACGAUUACAGGACGGUCUACGGGGACAUGAGGAGCUACCACCCGGCGGCUCAGCUAGGUCAUCCUCAGUUUUCCGGAGCAUCGCCAAUCGGGCUGCCUUCUCGGAGUAUGACCCCCUCUCAGGUAAGCCAAAUCACUGGGAUCAAUCGGUGGGAUGCUUCUGCGUCUUGUACCACCUUGGAGACUAGCAGCGUUUAGGAUGGCAUCAUAAGUUUUUGUGGACCAGGUUCCAUGUCUCCAGGUGUCAUAGUAAUUGAUUAAAAUGCAGUCUGCAAAAUUCAGUUGGGGCUAAAAUGUGUGCAGAAAAGAAAAUCUUGUUCCUGCAAACGGCUUAUGCCAUCGUGAAGCAGGUUCCUCUUUAACUGAGGUCCCUGAUGUUGCCUGUGAGAACCACAGCACCCUCAAACUCCUCUCAUGGUGCGUGCUAAGGCUCCUGUGCCACGCGUGUGUGUGUGUGUGCGUGUGUGUGUUGGGCGGGGGCUGUCUGCUGUGUUUUUAUUUUGAGGUGUGUGGAGUUUUCCCCAUCUAGUUGUUUUGGGGUCAGGGAAGCAUUCUGAGCAUCCCCCUUCCUUCUUCUGUAAAUGGGUAUUUUGUGGUGCCCACAACAGUAUCAAAAGUGCCCCUGGGCCCCAAAAGGUUAGGGGUCCCUGUGUUGCAAGACUGGCUGUUGUGUUUGCUGCAAGAGACCCAGGUGGGAAUUGGCUCCUGUUCUUUAACGUGCCCAGAAUCUGAUUCCUUCCUCUCCGCAGCCUGGGAGUUGCUCUGCCUUGGGAGUAGGGUGUGCAUCUUCCAGGCUGUCUGAGGCAAGGAAGUGAAGUGCCACCAGCAAGUCCCUCCCUCUGUCUUCCGUUCCCACCCCUCCUCCCAGUUUCCAAGCCUGCUCUUGGGAUUGAUGCAGCUGGGAUGUGUGUGGCAAGUUCUUGCAUGGCUGGGAGGCAUGCACCUCAGAAGGAAGUGGAGUGUGCCAGCAGCAGCUACCACAAGCAUUCGAUGCACAGGGUAGCAGGUCACAGGGAGUGUUUUUGGGGUCCUACAGUGGCCCUUAAUUUGUAGCUGUGUGGGGGCUUGGAAAUCAGGGUCCUGGAAACCAGAGAAGGCUGCUCUGGAAACCAGAACCACUGCCACAGAGGCAGGUUACGGCUGAGCAUGCAGACAUCCUUGAGGAGGAGCCAUUGUUGGAGACCCUAGGGAUAGAAGCCACAAGUUUUUUUAAUCUAGAAUGAUAAACCUGCACUAGUUUGCUUUUCUGGGGAGAGGGUGUGGUGGUGUUUCUGAGAACUUUGGAGUUUGCUGCUCCUUUGCUGCCUGCCAGAGCCCUCUUUCAGAGAGCAGGCACAAGGAAGGCAGGACCAGACCAGUGUUUCCUCCUCCUCCUCCAAUGCGCCCUGAUUUUGUCUUUGUGCCUCUCAGGGUCUGCCAGAAGGGGAACACACCCACCCCAGCCAGCCAGCUCAUAGCAAGACUCCCCAGCACACCCAGGAGCCCAAGGGAGCCCAGGCGGCAGGACCAGACCCCACUCACCACCCAGUGGCUGUCAACCGGCACGUCCAGCAGAUCGACCCCCACUUGCACCUUCAGCGCAGCCAGGCAGACGCAGGCCAGACCUCCUACCCGUCUCCCGUCGCUAUCUCUGUCAAACAGGAACUCCCAUCCCCACAUCAGGCCCCAGUGCAGAAGCCGGCGCUCUUUAUCCCAACCACCUCUGGGCCUGGGGCUCCUCCGGGGCUGCCCCUCUCCCGGCCCGAGCCCCAGUCGGUGCUCAAGCAAGACCUUGCACCUCAUCCUGUUUCCCAGAGACCGGUGGACAUGGUCCAGCUGCUGACCGUGAGUUUUCCGUGCUGGAUAUUGAUUGAAUUAUUGUUGGUGGGAGGUUGGGGAAGGGUGCAGAUGGCGGGGGGAGGCCUGGUGAUGAACACUCAGUUGGGAAAGGGGAGUGCAAGUAGGAAGCAAGGGGCUGGUUGUAAAGGAGGAGGGCCCUGAGUGGACCACAGAGGCUGGGCUCUGGCAGUGAGGCACUCGCCAAUCUUGCACCUAGUUGUUGAAACCUCCAGGGGUGGGGAAUCCUUUCGGUCCAAGGGCCGCGUUCUCUUCCAGGCAACUUCCAUGUCACCGAUGGGCAGGGCCAGAGGCAAAUGUGCAUGGGGCAAGGAUACAUUUCAGCUGGGCAAAAACACGAUGGGUUUUGGGGGUGCAUUUGGUGGCUGGGCCUGAGGUCGCCCCCUCCAACUCUGCCCUGCUUCCUUGCAGUUAUUCCAUCGCUUUCACCAUUCACACUGAAGUGUUCUCUCUCCCCCCCCCCCCCAUUUGCAGAAAUACCCCAUUGUCUGGCAGGGGCUCCUGGCCUUGAAGAAUGACACGGCGGCCGUCCAGCUGCACUUUGUCUCCGGCAAUAACGUCCUGGCACACCGCUCCCUGCCAGCCCCAGAAGGGGGACCUCCCCUGAGGAUUGCUCAGCGCAUGAGGCUGGAAGCGUCACAGUUGGAGGGCGUGGCGCGCAGGAUGAUGGUAAAUGGCUGGAGCAAGAGGCUCCUUUCUGAGGAGGGCCUUGCGCCCGCUGAGUCCGCUUGGCACGUCUGCAUUGGAUUCAAGCCGCUCAAAGCGUCUGCGAGACCAGGCUUCAGAGGCCUGUUCAGUCUGCAGCAGAAUUGCACAUUGCAUGGCUGCGUCCUGUGGGGAAAGCAGGGGUUGUUCAUCAGUGCACAUGAAAUUAUCUGUCGGGUGUUGAUGGAUGUGCUUUUGCAGGUGCCUGGAGUAUAUGGCGCUGGUUCCUUGGGAAUGCAGGGAUGGGGCAGCAAAGCACGUGCACAUGAGAUGUGCUCUUCAGGGGUCUUGUCUUGCCUUCCAGGUGGAGAGCGACUAUUGCCUGCUGCUGGCCUUGCCUUGUGGACGAGACCAAGAGGAUGUUGUGAACCAGACGGAGUCGCUCAAGGCAGCCUUCAUUAGCUACCUGCAAGCCAAGCAAGCCGCUGGCAUCAUCAACGUUCCCAACCCCGGCUCCAACCAGGUAUGGGGAAGGGAGAGAAAGAUGGGCUCGUUUCCUCCCCAUAAUGUGUUUAAAUGCGAGGACCUAUUUGGCUGUUGUUAGAAUGCAGUGCCUGAGCAUACGCAGAAUGCAUUUCCUUCACCACUGUGUGAACUUAAUGAGGCUUGUCUACACCUGCUCUUCCAGGCAGGUUUGAGAGACAUCCCCACCACAUCUCUCCCGCUCCCCAACUUUGCUUUGUUAUUUUGGGGAUGUCACAGCUGAACUUGUGAGGCAGCAGGAAGGUGGAGCCUGUUGAGUUCGAAUCACAGGACCCCAGGCCUUUCAGCACAAGCAGCUGAGGGUCUGCCCUUCGUGCUCCUGCCUGGGGCGAAUGUGUUGGCCAUUGAGAGCUUGUGUGGUCACCCUUUCCCUCUCCUUUGUGUUUCUCUAUUCCAGCCUGCCUACGUCCUACAGAUCUUCCCACCCUGUGAGUUCUCCGAGAGUCACCUCUCCCGCCUCGCCCCAGACCUCCUCGCCAGUAUCUCAAACAUCUCUCCUCACCUGAUGAUUGUCAUUGCAUCGGUCUGAGUGGCUUACAGUUACGGACUUCUUUCUCAAAGGCCCUACAGCAAAAACAGAGAGACAGUGAAUGACAAAGGAAGGGAGGAUGGACGGAAGGGAUUGGACCCUCCUGCCCAAAACUCUGGCUUUGUAGUGGCCGCCAUUCUACCUUGUAUGUUUACAUAUUGCUCUAGUGAAGACGGACACCUGAGGCACUUCAACGAGGCAGACUGGUCCUGGGAGCUGGUGCCUCCUUGUGGGGGGAAUGAAAGGAAGGCUAUUUUUUUUUAACUUACGAAAUAACUUAAAAACAAAAAAAGGAGGAGGAACCAGAACUGCCUUUGCACUAAAUCAGUGAUUUUGGACCUUUGCACAGUUAAAGAUGUGUUGUGGCGUUCAGGGUGGAUGUCUCGAUACACGCACGAACUUGCGUUGUGGACUCAGAAAACGCAGGACCUGGGAACUUCCGCUCCAGUCUGCGGGUCAAGGAGCAUUUCACGAUGUGUCUCCCCACUCCUUCUCCCGGAUGACCCCGCGCGCUGCCCCCCUCCCCCAAUGCUGCAGUUGCCUCCUCUUCCUCCUCCAUCAUCUGGGAUGUACAGUUUACACUGAAGCAAAGCAAAACACAAAAGGGAGAGAACUAUUUUCCUUCCUGGUGGGAUAUGCAGGACUCUGUGGGUGUGUGUACAUAGAAAUAUAUAUAUAUAUAUAAUAUAUAUAUAUAUAUAAAUAUAUAAUACUGACUUUAAAAAGAAAUCUGAUCCCCACAACAUACUUUUUUUUAAUCUGUGCCAAAAAAUGUGUUUUCAGAGAAAAUCUUAUUUUCAUACUCAGACUUUGUAUUUGUCACUCAUUUGUAAGUGUGCUUCAUUUAGACAUUGCCGCCUCCUCCCCGCCUCUUCCUGUUCCUUCACAUGUGGAAGUGUUAUACACUUGUACAGACUUUUUAUCUCCUCCUCCUCCUCCUCCUGUCCUUGUCGUCCUAACAAUUAAUUUAUGGAAAUGUUUUCUCAGCGCCGUUUUGUUUUGUGUGUCCAUUGGAUUACAAACUUUAUUAAAAAAUACAAGACA